UUAAAAGGUCAGAGGUGAGCAGGAAGAGUGUAGUUGGUGGACCACAUGGCUCCUAAAUUAAACACAACAUUUGGAGUAAUCUGGACCUCUAAGCAUCAGGAACUCAGCUUUGAGGUAAGCAGUUUCUUUCUGUUUCAAUCAAGCCAUGAGAAGUUUAUUUUUGAGGAAAAGUGUCACAGUUCUGUGCAGUUUAAUUUACAUGGGUAUUUAAAUAUUAAAUGACUAUCAUAUAUGAAGAUUACUGAUGUAUUUUGGCCUUAAACCAAAGGGUAUAGACCUCAGAACUGGACUGCUGUGAUCCACUUUCUUGGUUUUAGUGUGGACUCAAGCUGCAGAGUUCAGGAUCAGCUGAAGAUGUCUAACUGGGACACUAGCCACGUUUAUAUGGGCAAAUUUUUUUGAUCCGAUUAAAAAUUUGAGGGAUCAGAUCAAAAUCAAAUGAUCCGAUCAUGACGUAAUGCACCAUGCACCAAAUUUUAUUCAGAUUAGAAGCAUUUGGACAUGCACAGAGUUGUCUGAUUUUGCUAAAACAACAGCAGAAGAAGAAUUGCAUUGACUACAACAAACGCGGUAGUGGCUCACCCCAUCCAGUUCAGGAGUUUUCCCCCUGGUAAAUGUUGUCACUAGAUGGCGCCCUUGCCUACUUACUUUACUGUUUUGUCAAAGGUUGCUCUAUGUGUACAGAUGUGACAUCAUUACGCUGUAUGUACGCCUUGUUAUCUGAGGAGCAGGCACGGCACCUCUGGUUGUGUUUUAUUCCAGUGUUAAUGAUGAAACCUCCUUUACUGGCCUCAAUAAAUAAGCCAAAGGCUAAAGAGUGAAGACCGAAUCGGGUAAGAGAGUCAUGUUCAGAGUAAGUGUUAUCAUGGACGCGUUUCGGAGUAACGACCGGCAUAAACUGCGCCUCUCGAUCGGAAUACAAUUUCUUUCCGGAUGAUCCGAAUUGGAUCAAAAUCUUCCGAUCGACAUGUUCCCGUGACGCAUCUUUAUUCCGACCGGGCGAUUAUUUGUGCCCACGUAAACAUAGCUACUGUCAUGGUCAUCAAAUCUCCGUUUUUUCAGGUCCUGUUGAGACUCAAAUCCUUAACUUUUGUUUGACUGACUUUGUUACUGCCCUAAUGUAGUUGUUAAUACUGAAGUCUGAGUCCAUCAUUCUGUAACAAACUGCGCCAAGUUUUAAGAGUUAUGCCACUGGUUUGUUUAUUGCCUGAGCAUGUGAUCCAAACAACACUUACCUCAGUUGUUGUUUGCUGUUGCUUGCUUUCUGACCAAACACAGCUUGUAGUUAAGUUUUCUUUCUUCAUGAGCAGAUGGUUUUGAUUUUCUUUUAACUCAUUUAGGACUGCUUUAGUCCAAACAUUUGACUAUUUGCUUGCAGUACGUUGAUAUUUGGUGGUAUGAGCUCCCUGCCCUUCCAUGUGCAUAUGUGGGAUGUCAAAGCCUGAUGCAGGGAGAGUGCACCUCCAUUCUGUUUUAUGUGAGUACAUGGAAGUCCGAGUCAGGGAGAGCAUCAGCAAAGACCUCUGGGUCUAGAUUAGAGCUGCAUCAUUGACAUCCAUAUAAUGAUGUUAAAACCAGCAUGAAAAGAGGAGCUGGGUUUGAUUGACAUGAAGCGAUGAACAUGGUUAUAUUCACCGUGACGUUUGCUGUUUUAGUCUGUUUCAGUCAGCUUCCAUUUCUCUGAAGCCUUCAAUACAACUUCUAGUGUAAGCCCCUCUGUAAGUCUUUGCAUUAUGCAAAUUUGUAGCACUUGAUAAGUGGAAAUCAUCACAUUGGACUCCAUGGCAUGUGGAGUUUAUCACCACAGAUGAGGGUAAAUCUGUGCAGACUAGAGAGCAUCUCCUAUCUUUCUUCUUGUCUGAACAUAAAGAGCACAAGCAGCUUUCCUUCUUCCUGCUGUCUUCUUCUGACUGACCCUUUGACUCAUUCUUGACAUUAGCGCCACCAAGUAAUGGAGAAGUUUGUCAGUGUUACUGGAAAAUCUAUUUGGAGGGUCUUGUUUAUUUGCUUGAAAUAUCAAUAUUUCGUCUCAGCAUAUUGAUAACUGUUCAGGUCAGGACGAUGACAUAUCACUGUGUCGAUUAAUUUACUCCUCCCCUACACAAAACAACUAAAGAGUUCCCCAAACUGAUUGACAAAAUCUACAAAUCUAUGAUAUAAAUGCUUUCCUCUUCACCAAGUUUUGCUGAGAGAGGCUUAAACUUGUCAAAUAUUGAAAAACUUAUUCUGCACAGCCAGACAUUGCUUAAAGGAAGUCUGUCCAUGUCUGUCUCUCCACCAAAAUAUCAGUACAGCUGUUUGUUUUCUGGAAAUAGUUAGACAAGCUGAACACCCACACUCAGACACACACACACACACACACACACACACACACACACACACACCUGAACUCCUGCUUGAGUGUCAGAGUUUUAGCUCCGGUAAAGACAGGGAGCAGCGGGUUUUAAAGACUGUUUUCUUUUCUCAGACAGGACGGCCGCAGGAAUGCUAGACUGAGGCUCAGAGGUCAGAGAGUGAUCAAAAAAAAAAAAGCCGAGGAAGUGUAGCUGCACACUGAAAUACACACAUUUACACUGAGGGAAACACACACACACACAAGUGACAGCAAUUUCCACUGUGUGUUUAAGCUACACAUGCAUGCAUAAGUAAUAACGCAGAGUGUUGAUCCCUGCAGGUAAAUUCUCUGCAUGCACUCACAGAGAGGCCACAGCGGUCAGCAAAUGUACUCAUUACUGAAGGAAGAGAAACACAAACACCAAACCUGAAUAUGUUUAUUUAGUUAGAAAAUACUGGAAAUUCAAAUUAUUGACCAGCUAUAUUGCACUUAUGAUUUAAACUCAUAUUGGAGGUAUCUGAGGGGUGUUUCUUCAGUGUGCAACACCUCCACCUGUAGGCUGUUGUGAGCACACACACUCUCCCUCCUGCUGAUCUUUGCGCUCGCUCUGCUCUGGACCGUCCGUUUGUCCUCCUCCUGUCCUGUGAGAGGCCUGCCGCCCCUCGGUGAUUCCCUGAAUGAGCCUCCCCUAGCACGUCAGACGUUAAUCAACUGCAGACACUAGAGGGCGCUGUUGGUCCAGUUAUUCCUCCUUGACCUGGAGUGACCUGAUAUGUAGCUGCGAGGCAGAAAGACCUCCCUUAAACUCUGAGCGGGUCAUUACCAUACAAAGUGUGUCUUUGAAGAUAAUUUCAGAUCCCCUCUCAGCUGCUUUCACUGUAUUUCAGGCUCAUUUUCUUAAUUGUUUCAGCUUUGUGACUGAUUUUCGCUUCAGGGUUGUGAGUCUGACAGAAAAGUAUUUAAAAACAAAUACACUUCAUUCUCCACAAAUUACUUUUCUCUUGUUGCUGCAUGUCGGCUUUAGGAGCCAGCGUGGUUUUGAGUGCAUAUAGUCUUCUCAUGCUGCAGGAUGUAAAGAUUCACCAUGUUUUCUGCAGAGCGAGGGUGAAUUAAUAGACUUUUUGCAUCAGAGACUUUGUAGUCAGGUGUUCAGAAAUCAACCCAUGCAUGCUUUAUAAUUUCCCUCGUCCUUGUAUGAGCACUUGUAAAAAUGGAGAGCCUUUGUCGAGUUCUAAUGAAUCAGCAGGGAGAGAAUGGAUGUGACUUUAAAAAUACUGCAAAGAUUUCUGUGAUGGAAACCGGUUUUUGAAACGGCUGAAAGAUUUCCUUUUCAGUUCAGUUCUUUGGAAGGAAGAGGACAGGUUUUUCAAACAUUUUGUGGAUAAACGACACAAAGAAAUGAUGAUUUGUCUGCAGGUUAAACCUCUCUUAGAGUCCUCUGCCGACCUCGAGUGGUUGGGUCUGGGGGUUUCUGGGUGGUCCCUCCUCUCUGGACUGAGAGCUGCUGCUCUUUGACAUCUAUUACACAGUUCAGGAGCAUUAAAUGGAUCUUGUCUUUGUCUCGACUGCUGCUCUUUAAAGUGUCCUCGGCAGGAUGAAACGUGAUAGAUGACACUACCUGAUCCCUCUGAGCUCUUUUUAAAAAAAAAAUCUGUUUUUCUACUUCGAAACAAAACGACAACAAAAUGACGCAGAUCCACAGCCGUGCUUUAAAUGUUUUUAAGAGGAUGUAGAUGCCAGCGAAGUAACCAAACAGGGAUGUUUGAGAGGAAGGAAUCCAUCUGGGACGUCUGUUUGAGAUUUAUUUGUUUCAGUCAGUGUCUCUGCUCCCCCUGUACCCCCGCAUUCCUCAACUCUCCCCUUUGUUGCCUCUCCAGCCUCCCCCCUUCUCCUUUUUCCUGAGGGGCCUGCGGUCAACUUUGACCUGCACAAAGAGCUUGUUAAAUGCCUGUGUAAUCCCUGCGUCUGUGUUUGCGAGUGUGUUCUUUAUUCACUGCUGUGUGUGUGUCGGUCACUCAGGAGACAUCUUGUCUCAGCCCAUCAGAUCAACCUGAUUGAUCACAUGGACCCGGAGUUUUAACUCACUUACCAACAAGCUUUUCCUGCAGCCCCCGGCUCCUCCUGCCGGAUCGAUACCCUCGACCGUCCAACUGUUUUCACGUUUCAAACACGGCCCCUGAGGGUUUUACAGGAGGAUGAAAAAUUAUGCAGAUUCCCGACCCAGCUCCAGCUCCAAGCAGUGCCAACUGUGUCGGCCUCUUUGAAUGAAGACAGAUGAUCCGAGUGGUCUGACAGUGAGUCACUGACAUCCACAGACAUGCCUGUCUCGUCCUCUCAACCCUGGUGUGCACCUCAGCGUGGAAUGCAGAGGAAUGUUCUCUGGUUCUCAUGGUGAACAACCAGGAUAUGAAUCAACUCGCCCUCCGUACAGCCACUCGGAGAGGACGGGGAGAGUGUGUACAUGUGUGCACGCUGGUGGGCAGAUAUAGAACAUAGCUGGGGUGAGAGUCAUGAUGUGAAUGAAGACAGUGUUUAUCAGAAAUAUGUGGUGGAACGGUUAAAAUAAACUUGUUUGUGCAGGCCGUGCACAUAGAGGUCCAUGCAUCAUCGGGAUGAGGGUUUGAGUCUUGAGAUGCUGCAGGAGAUUCUCAGAGUGAAGGUGUGGAUGGUGAAAGCUGCAGGUGAUGAGCUACCAAAGAUCUACUGAAAUGUAAUUUAGCUUCUUUCAGUCUUUACUUGAUGCAAUGAUUGGUUGAAACUAUCGAACCCUGUUUCCUGGAUGUCCUGUGGUUGUUUAAUACCUUUUAUCUAGAUGCCUCAUGUCAAAGUUUUAUAGUAGACCAUUUUGAGUGAGUUAAUGCUAAUUAGAUAAGACAUAAAGUUCUUAACUUAGCACAGCACUGAUUACUGCUUCAUCCAUAUUUCAAAUGUUUUUUAAACUUCUUUCCUGUCAAAAUAACUAAAAAAAAAAACAGAAGUGAAUCAUCGUGAUGGUUUCCAGUUUCACCAACUGUUUUAAGGCUGUCAGAUCUGAACCUCGGCAAACCCAAAGAUGGUCUCUGUGUUGACGCGAGUGGGUGGAACAUUUUGACAGGAUGCUCAUGGCUCCCAUAGGAUUUAAUGUCCUGACAGACACAAUCUGACAACCCUCAGUUAGUUUACAACAAGAUAUGAGUGUAUGCAUUUGCCCAUAUCAUAAGGUGUGUGUGUGUGUGUGUGUGUGUGUGGUGGGCAGGAUUUGCAUGUGAUCUCUGGAGCAACUCUCACUUUCUUUUCCAACCUCAUAAUUAAACAAAGAAGCUGCAACCUGCUGCAAGUCCCCAAAAAGCUGCAGUUCCUCAAGUGUCCACAAGAGGCUGUCUCCUACAGAGAGUCAACCCCUGUAGAGCCCCAUGUUAAAAACAUGCUUACAGCCUGGUUCAAACCUUGUUUCGGUCUUCUCUGCUCGUUUCUGCAAUCAUGACAGCUGUAGGCUAUAGGCUAAAUUUAUAGAGGACUCACCUGUCUGUACGAAUUUAAGUAAAAGGUCUCCACACAGACUGAAAAACAGGUGCUCACCACACACAGCUUGUGCUUAUUGUGUCGAUUGUGCCAACUCUUGGCAAUAAAAUACAAAUUUAGAAUCUUGUGGUGUUAAAGCAGAGCAAAACUAAACUGGUCUGCUAGUUUGUCACCCUCUCAUCAAUUCUUGAUCCUGGUUUUAGCAGGAUAGCAUGCGGCUUUCCUGUGUGUAUACAUUUGUGUGUGUUUGCUGUCCCUGCAAAGCUGCAACAUGCAGACAGCAGAGGAAAAGUAGCUGAAUUGAUUUUGUCCUGUUGCACCGUCAUCACUCAGUCACUGAACUUGACCUCUGAGAGUGUGGUGUUGUAGCUUUUUGAGAUUUGUUCACGUAAACUUCAGAUGAACAAUCUCUCUUACUGUGCAAGAGCCUAACACACUGUUUUUUUCAGCCCGGCAGUAUAUUUAUGGUAGCUCAAACUCGUACCUGUGUCUGUGCUCAUCAUGCCUGGUGUGUUAGCUCAUUUGGCAUUUGACAGCCUGUGCAUGGGAGUCGAGAUUGUUGCUGCAGGAUUUUCUAUGUGUAGAAGAAACUGUCUGGACUUAUGAGAAGUCAAUUUUUUAAUACUCAAGAGGAGAGCUUGACAAGCUAUAAUUCACAAGCUCUCUCUGGGCUUCUUUUGUCAGAUAAAUGUCUCGUCUCUGGUUGCCCUCUUGUCCAGAUACGAUGACUUUUGGCAUAAAUAAAGUUUCAACAGCCGUAAUGCCAAAGCUUCCUGAAGGCAUCCUCAGACUGAUGGCUGAUGUAACAUCGGUUGCAUCAAUCACUCAUACCGUCCGUGAUAAGAGAGGAAUGCAGGCUGGUGUGGAUGCUCUGCUGCCUCUGGUUCAGCCUCUGGGGAUAUUAAUCUUAUCCUCUGACGCUCAGCUGUAGAUCUACACUCCAGGCUUUCAAGCUCAGACCACUGUUGUUAUUUUGACAGAUACUCGUUACGCACAAAUGGGGUUUUCCUGCAGAAUAGGAUGCUCAGAUUCAGAGCACAAAGGCACUCAGGACUUGAAUGAAGCCUUCAUGAACUGCGACCAAAGCACCCCAAGUCAAAGGUCAAGCCCCUGAUUUGGCAUCCCCUCCCACCCCUGUCCACAAACACACACACAGCCCCUCCCAUCUCGCCACGCUUCAGAGGGAGAGAGCUGAACAUAUCAUGACCUGACAGCACCGUUUAUCACCACGGGGGGAAAUCCAGGUGAUGGGAUCCUAUUUUUAUCAAUGAGCCUCAUCUUUGGACUCAGAUCGGCAGAAAGAGUUUUUGACCUGUCUGAUUUGCAUGAAUAUUUUUGAUAGAUAGAUUUUUGACAAGAUCUUAAUAAUUUUAAAUCAUGAUUAGUACGAAAGCCUUUGGACACAUGAAUUAAUCACUUGAAUUUGUCGUGUGAAAAAACGAAGUCUUCAUCUUUAAAGCCUUACAUAUGUGAGAAUGUUAAUGCAGUAAUAACUUUUCCAUAAUUUCAUUACCUUCCAAGUUAUUUGAAGAAGCAAAUAUGGGAAAUACUUCAAAUUUAGGGAUCAAACAGCUGGAUAAACAAGCCAAGUUUGGAGGUAGAAACCCUCUAAUGUGCUGUGAAAGGUUUUAAAAUGAUAGCUUGGUUCUCUGCAGAUGGAGAUAAUGGAGAUUGCAUGUUAACACUUGAUAAAAGCAGCUUUUAUUGUUUGUAUUUUUGUAAUUGUAUCAGUAAAAAAUAUUCUUUUUCAAUAAUUUCAUCUCUUUUCUGUAUAUGCAAAAUCAAACAAGACCCCCAGCAACAAGACCGGCAAUUCUAAAACCAGUGCGAGGGGAUAAGUGUUUUCCCAGAGGCUGAAGAGACAGCUUUGUUUUACAUAAAUUUAACAAGCAAAAUUUAGAAUGAAUAAUAAGCGUGUUGAGGACAAAAUGAGCAAAGACUUAAUUCUCCACAAGGGGUACAAAAGUUGAUGCAAAUUGAAAGUUUCUCACAGGAGCUUUUAGGGAAACCCAGUGUAGAGGUGUUCCAGGGAGAAUUGUAGGUUUGUGUCAACGGAUAAGCGUGGUGGAAUUUGGUAGAAGGUUUACUGUGUCAAGAAAAGACUGACAAACAUAAAAAAUAUGUAAACACCGCCAGACUGCAGUGAUCUACACAUGGGAAUGUAAAAAGUUUACUGGCAGAUUCAAGUAAAAACAAAAGUUUGACCAAAAGACUGUCAACAAAGUUUUUACAGCUCAACUUCAUCAUGACAGAACAAGAGCUCAAAAGAUCACCACUAAUGUUCAGAGAUUUUGAUAUUCUCAGAUCCCAAAUUUACUGAGACUAAAAACUUAACUGGACUAAAUUAUUCGAAAGAUAUCUGCCCUUUUCUUUCACUCACGUCGGUCGACACAUUGGUCGUAAACACAAGAGAGAUUACUCAACCCCAGCAUGGUGGUCAUGGUCACUCUCCUUUUUAAAGGCCCCUUCCCCUCUGAAGAACUUCACAACAAGUCUUUUUCCGUCUUCCUCGCCCUUUUUACCUUCCCUCGUCCCCCCUCUCUUUUCCCCCCUUGUUUGUCCUCUCUCUCUCCCAGUAGAGGAAUCCCGGCCCCAUCCACCUAAGUGUCACUGAAGAAUGUUCCGUCAUUUAAACGGGCUCGAAUGCUCGGCUAAUAUAUAACCAAUUACACUGGUCACAUUUCCUGUGUCUCCUUUGAGCUCUCUGCAGGCUCAAAGUGCCAAUCAGGCCUGGAAUGCCAGAACAUGGCUCUUAUUUGCCAGGGGUCAGUGCACCAGUAACCUCUCAUUCUAAAGGACCAUUGUUCCCAUGGCCAGAAAACUCAGAGAGGCACACACACACACAUCCAGGGUGAAAGACACACACACACAAACCCCGGCCCCUGGAGGCCCCCACAUCAAGGGCCCGCUCUGUUUAAACAGCAUCCGCCUGCACAGCCACCCGCUAUGGCAGGGAUUAAACAAGGUGUGUGCGCUCCUACGUGAACGAGCUCUGCAGAAAAACAUCCAUGAUAACAACGCUUCAGUCCAGAGUUAAAUCAUCACCGACAUGUCCUGAAUUUAUUUUCUCCUGGAAUAAAUCAGCCUGCAGGAAUUUGAGGAAUGUAAAGCUACCUGUGUUUCGCAUUUUUAUUUAGCUGCAUGUCUCAAACAGGGGGCGCUGUUAAAGCAAACGAUGAAACAUUCAGGACCUGCAAGUGAUUUCAAACUGAGUUUUUAUUUUUACCGAAAACAGUCUUGUAGUUUCUUGGUUUCCAAAAAUAAACUGAUGCAGGAGUGUCUCAAACCUGCAUUCUUUCUACUGGCCAGCAGGGGGCUGCACACAUUUUUGCAUAAAUAUAUAUGAAUGAAUAGAAGUCUAUGUAAACCAUAAUUUUGACCUGGUGGUGGCGCUCUCUGUGGCCCAAAAGGUCUCAUCGUGCUGGGCAGGAGCUCUGGCAAAUGCCUCUGCAUUAGCUCUGGAGCCUCCUGCUAGCUAGCCUGUCACAUCACCAGCUGGUUUCUGAAAUCGAUCGGUAGUUUAAAUAAAGUUUUUAAGGUGAAGUAAAUUUGCACUUGCGCAGUUCGGAUAGCGACAGGCAGACAUAAAAAUGAAAAAGCAAUUGCCCGUUUGGUUUCUCUUUUGAAUUGUGUUACGAAAUGUGCAGCUCAAAUAAGAAAAUGAAAAUGCAGUUUGUAUAAUUUAUUCUUCAUUUUAUUUCUGAGUCAAAUUUUGCAGUUUUGACUUUGGAACGAAAAAUCCAUACUGCAAAUGCAUUUGAAUUUUCAGAUAUUUUCAGACAUUUCAAAUUAUAUUUUGGUCCAUAUUUGCCUGGGCAUAAUUUGAAAAUUAAAUCUCAAAUGGCUUUUUCUUUUACAUUUGAAUGAAGUUACAGAAUGAUCAGUUUUGAAAAAUAAAAAUAAAUUGCAGUUUGGUUGAUAUAAAUUAAUUUUAAUUAUGAGUCAAGGAGUGCAGGUACAUUCUGAAAAUGCAAAUGCAUUUCUGUUAAUCUAUUUUCAUUUGAAUAAUGAUACAAAUUUGCGUCCAUAGUUAACAGUCUUCAUUUAGUAAAUUGCGGUCUCACUUUGAGUCACUGGGCCGCUUUCUUGGGAACCAUAGUCCAAGUAUGCACUCCAUUCAGAAAUUUUACUUUGCUAUCAUGAGCGCAAUCUGUUUUUUCACAAUUCUCCAACUGUGAUACACUGAUUUUACACUUUCUGCAUCUCAGUGUAAAAUAAUUUCAGUUACCUGACACUGAGGCAGGGUGAUCUAGGCUUAAUCUCAGAUUUUUUCCCAGUUUAACCAAAUUUUUCUGAUAUCAAAAGAUAUGCAAUAACAGUGGGAAAAUGAUUCCUCUUAUAUUGGCAGGUGUUUGCAGACUGGAGUGGUCUUCUGCAUCUCAUAGUGAGGCACAUUUCCCCCACUUGGCUGCAUGAUGUUGAAAGAGAUUGGCCAUGCUGCUGCUUUUAGUUGUCCUUGAGUAAUCUUUGCAGAAGAGUGAGAUUUGCGGUCAAGGUUGGAACCAGUUCAAUAUCAUUGACAAAACUGUUGCUUUAUUUGGGACAGACUCUUCAGUGAGGCUGGGAGCCAUGUUGUUGUGUCUGUCUUUGGAGGAAGUAAAUAAAGGGAGAGAGUGCCAACUUCAGUGGAGCUUUAGAGAGAGUGAAAGAGGAAAUCUAGAGUUUUAAUUUCAAAAACUGCCCUUCAUCACAUAUGCAAAUAAAUGUAUAAAAGAACUCUUAACUUCAUCAUGACAGAAAUCCUGAUAUUUUAAGGCUAAUUGGUGGUGUCCACUUACAGGACUCUGCAAAUUUACAACACAUAUGCAACACUUGGUCAGACUUAAAAACAUAUGUGUUGAUAUUGUAAUGAAAUAUGCAUACGAAAUCUAUUUCUGUUGACAAACUAAAGCUUGCUGAGGAGACAUUUAUUAUUCAGUAGGUUUGGGAUGUUCAACAAUCCUUUGCAAACUAUCAUAUUUGUCAUAUAGCAACAGUUUAAUUUUGUUUAGACACCCUAACUUCCAUGUUUGAUCUAAGGAAAAAAUCCUCAUUUGAGCUCAAAUAGGAGAAGUUGUUGACAUGGAUCUGACGCCAACAAAAAGUUAAAAUAAAAGUCCCUUUCCAUCAACUUUUAUGCCCUAAAGUUUUAAAGACUUGAAUCUGGAGGUGUACGCUCAUAAUUUUACUGACUUGACCAGCGUGCAGCAUUUGAUUUAACAGGAGUGAACUCAAGCUAUUUUAAUGUUACCAGGAUCAACACUUACAAUCACAGACAUAAUACAUACUUAAAGGCCCUAAUUUGAAGCAGCUGGAGUGAAAAAUAUCAUAACACACUUAAAAAUCAUGGAGAGACUGAUGUAACACUGUUAAAAACACUCAGAACGUGCAGGGCUGACUUUGUUUUCAAAACCAAAAUUAAAAAAAAGACCCAAAGUUAUAGAAAUAUGUACGACGUUCAUCACGUGUUCAUCAAAGGAAAAGACAGAUUUUUGAACAAAGAGGACGCAGCACUAUUCAGUCAGUGUUCUUCCGAGUGUCUGAGUGAGUGUAAGAGACAAAGAGCGAACACACACACACACACACAGAGUGUAUGUAUGCGUGUGUGGCUGAUUGCGGGUACUCAAACUGUCCUUGCACAAAACAUGGCGUCGGAGCAAGGAUGCUUGAUGAUGCUUGCUGCUUUUCAGAGCUUCAACUUUCUGUCUGUAACAUUUCCUGUGAAGAGCUGCAAACAUAAACAAAGGAUGAGUCAGUGUGAUGGAGCACCUGUCACUGCAGAGAGUGUGUUAAAAAUCUGAAGAACAUCACACUCGAAGCAGCUCAGUCUGUCGCUCCUGUCUGCAGAGUGAACUGUAUAAACGGUUCAUGCUGCUCAUCCCUCUCUCUCUCUCUCUCUCUCUCUCUCUCUCUCUCUCUCUCUCUCUCUCUCUCUCUCUCUCUGUGCUUCUCAUCCUAAUAUGAACUUUAUGAGAAGCCUUCAGGAUAUUUAGCUGUUACUGUCUGUCCAAAAAUAUGUGGACAGCGAUCUUACAGACUGAGUCUUACUUCUUAAAGCUGCUUGUUGCCGCCAAGAUUAACUCUCAUCCCACUCUUGACUCUGAUCUAUUUUGGUGGUAAGGUUUGGCAUACGGUUGAUGUUCAAGUACAUCCUCAAGUAGAAGGAUUGCUCUACUUUUUAGACUGAGGAACACUGAGGUGUGAGGUCCAGGUUUCCAAAUGUGACAAAUUUUGGGUUUGUGUUUUUGCAUGGUUCAGUUUUUACCAGCAUUUGUGGAUGCGGUGAUGAACAGUGUUCACAGAAAAUGUAUUUUGGAGGUGAAUUUGAGCUUGUGCAGUGAUUUCCACUACAGAAUCAUGUCUGUUUUUAAAGCAGUGCUGCCUGAGGUCUCAAAGAUCAGGGUGAUGAACCUCACUCAUCUUCCUUUUAAGAGACUCAGCCUCUCUGAAUGUCCUUUUUAUACCUGUUGUAAAUCAAACUCAUUAGUUGGGAGAUGUUCCUCUAGCUGUUUUUUAAUACUCCUAAACUUAUUACCUGUUUGAUUGGUUAACAUAGGGUGACCAUACGUCCUCUUUUACCCGGACAUGUCCUCUUUUUUGGGGGGCUGUACGGCCUUGUCUGAGAAGUUAAUAAAAUCCUUAAAAUGUCCAGGGUUUUGUAUGGAAGUUUCAAAUUUGUGUUACGCGGACUUACUGAGUUAGAAGCCCGUAAAAGACACUCGAUCCGACCUGAAAAACUCUAAAAAUUAACUUCGUGCGACUCUGUGACUCCGCCCCCAUGUAGUCCUGUCCUCUUUUCGGGGAUUCAGAUAUUGUCACCCCAGUUGAUGUAAAACUCACAUCAAUUUCAAAUUAAACUUAAUCUUAAACUAAAAUCUUUAUGAAUUAACAACAUUUUCAGUUUCAGUAUCCUAUGUUGUCUUGGCACUAUUUCAUCUAAACAUGGAGUUAAAAUAAUCUGCAAACAUCAAAUUCAGUUCUUAGUCUUCACUUUUUUUUAAAAAAUGGGAUUGUAUUUGUUUUUCCUGUCAAAUGGUGUUUGUAAUUCUUAAUGUUUUCUGCAGAAAAAGUCAAGUAUAUUCAGUGUUUUACUGGAUAAAGGAAGGGUCAGUUGAUUUGUCAACUUCUGUAGCCUUUAAACCAUUUAGUGCAUCAACUCUUCUUGCACAAAAAAACAAAAUUACACCUCCAGCCUUUACUAAACUUUACUAGUCUACUGAGGAUCUGCUUCUUCUUUUUUUUUUAAACAUUUUGUACAAAAGUUUUAAACAUACUUCAAAAUAUAUAUAUCCAAAAUUUAAACAGACAUGACCGGUGGGAUUCUGAAAAUCAGAAAAGGGCAGCUUGAUUUAUAAUCGUAUCAAACCAGCAUUUUAAAAAAUAAAUUCUAACUUCUCAGAUUUUAUAUUUAAAAUCUUUCUUUUCCAAAACAUUUUCCCUGAUUCUGCUCAUAUUUUCUAACCUGUCUCCAUACAAAGUGUCUGCACAGGUCAGCAGAGCCUCCUGCCUCUUGUCUCCUGUCUCAGGUGAACCGGUGAACAUACAGAGAUCUCAUUGGCCGUUGAGUUCUGUUUGCCGUUUGGGCCGGCCGUGUUGAGGAUGAUUGGAUUCCUUACCUCCUUUUUUUAUGUCUCUCAAUACAAGCAUGCAAAUACAUGCACACACAUGUGCACAGCCACACACACACACGCACACAGAGUUUCACACAGGUAUGCAGUCAUGUUAAGAGAAACCUGACCUACCUGACGGAUCGAAACUACUCCUACGCUGCUCUGUUAACCCCUCCAUGUACAGCGUGGGAAACAAUGCUCCGGCUAAUUCCUGCUCAAAUACCGCAGACGGAUGGAUGGCUGGAUGUAUAAUGGAUGGAAACACUGAUAACGCUGACACGGCCUCCAAAGGAAGAGCACACAGAGACAGAGGUUGUGCAUGAGGAGGAAAAGGUGAGGGGGAGAAAAAGAGUGAGAGGAAGAGGUUGUCAAUACACCUUUUCUCAUUUGUUCCCUCUCCUUCCCUUCCCUCGCUCGCCCAGAAGAGAUAUCUGAGGCCAAAGGGCAGGCUGCCUUUUCAAAGAAACAUGAUUGCAGCCUUGUUGCGAAAGGCCUUUCUUUUAGAAAUAUGUGACUUUCUGUUGGAGGAGAAAGCUGAAGCAUUCCCUCUCCCAUCACUGCUUUUCUCCGCAGCACAAAACCAUCUGCAGAGAGAGACCUUGUGCCUCUGAAAAAGGCCUUUCAAGACUCUCGUGUUUUCAAGGUCCUGCAGUGAAAGGCAGCCGGUUUAUGGGCAGAAAAAACAUCGCCUUCCGGAGAGAGAACCGCAGAGAAAUUUUUCAGCUUCUCUCUCUCUCUCUUUUUGUGUCAUAUUUAAUAAAUGACUAAAGUUGUGCACAAAAGGACAUGUGAGGAUAAAUCUGCAGCUUGUUUUAUCCUUUAAAAACGCUGCGUCAUGCUCCGGCCUCAACCGCGCUCUGCACAGGCGGCUCUGUUAUUUUGGCCUCUCGUACUCGGAGGUUAUGUAGCUGAGGUCAAUACCAUCUGCGUGUGACCGGUGUACCACGCCAUGAUGUCACAUGGCUUGUGAAAGUCUGCUUUGAUGUCAGCAUUUAGACGGUCAAACUCUCAGAUCUCAGCCUGCUGCGCCCGGCUCAGGGAGGCCGAGUUAACCUGUGAAAAACACUGACAUCUCGCUCCUCCUCGGUGACGACAUACGAUUCUCUUCACGCGGUUUUCCCUCCUCAUGCAGAAAACAGUCGCUCUUAUUCUGACAGACAGGAAGUGAAGGUGAAAUUUUAAUAGAUUUGGAUUCAUUAUGGAAAGUUAGAGCAGGUCUGAUGAGGUCACAUAUUUUCACAGUGAACAUCUUUCUGUUGGAUAAAUAAAAUCACAUUCAAGGACUUUCCCUCCUCAUUAUUCAUACUGGAACUACAGAAGCAAUCAUUAUUUUCUACAUUUGAAAUAAACCCACAUGACUUGUAAAGAUUUUUGUCAAAUUAAAAUUCAUAAUGUUAGACAAGUUUAAAGAAUAUAAACCUUGAAGACCUUAGAAGUCCUUACAGUCACAUGUCUAAGACUUUGAAUCAUUUCAAGUGUGUGCUCCUUCAUCCUGCAUUUCUUUUAUUAUUACUGAGCAAUAUUUCUCUUAAAAUAGUGGCAGCCCCUAUUGGACACUCUAUGGAGCUACAGCACAAGCCAUAUCUUCAGAAUAGGGCGUAAUUCCAUCCCCCGACCACCACAGAGAACAGAGAUAUGAAGACGACAACCUCAAGUUUUAGGCGCUUGCAACCAGGGAUGGAGAUGGAGAAGCGAUAACUGCACAGCUCUAAAAGCAUGGCUACAGAUUGAGAUGAAGUGAAAUGCAGUUUUUGUUUUAUAAUAAUAUCACACAACCUGCAUGACCAAGUACAUCAGCUUUAUGUCAAGCCAAAAUGCAGAAUCUUUGACUUUCUGUGGCUUGAAUUAACUCCGUCUGAAGCUGCUGCUGCUUUUGCUAUCGUUGUAAUCGUAGCAAAGCAGCCAGAGUCGGCACAACCAGACUUAAGAGCAAGUUACAGGGCUUACAGUCAAGCUAUGAUGGUAGUUAGAUUUGGUGAUUUAAUAUCAAGUGUAAAUAACAGUGGUCCUGAGACGGAUCCCUGGGGCAUGCCACAGUUUGAAGAUUUCUUGUUUUGUCUCGGUUUACAAGCUCUGGGCAAAAAUCAAAUUAUUGACAGAAGCAUGUCUACCUCUGCUACCUCAGUAGGUGGCAACAUCAGGUCGUUACUAUCGGUCGUCUCCCAGUUGACAUAUAAUGUGUUGAAGGGAUUAGAUAUGCUUGGUUUUUUUAAGGCAUUAAUGUCUUAUACUGUUCAGAAAAUGUCAUGUUUGGCAAACAAAAGGACUUGUUUUUUUUUAAAUGUGGCCCUAAUACUCCAUCGUUGAUUCAAAGACUGACUUACAAAAGUUCGUUUUGGCACAAGCCUCAAAGGUAUAAACAGACGAUGCAGAUCUGAUUCUGGACAUGAAACUGUUCAACAGCGAAAACGUCUUGACUGCAGAACUUGUUCAUUAAACCCAAUCGUGUUUUGAUGAACCGUGAACUCAACGACUCACAAAUGAGAAUGUGAUCUCAUCUCAUUCUGAACACUUAGCCCUUGAUAAAAUUAAAGUUCAGUGUGUGUUUACAGGUUUUAAGGCUGCGUAUUUUUUCUGUUUAUUUGGUUAAACAUAUUCAGUGGCUUUUCAAAGUGAAUAUCUGUCUACGAUCUUUAUUCAGUUUAGGAAACAUCAAUGAUUGAAGGUUAUGAACUGAAGCUCAGGAGGCUGUACAGAAAAGUUUAAAGAGCUUUAAAAAUAAACGUGAACUAGUUCAUUUGAAUCUGUGGGAUCUGAACUAAGAGCUCACUCAUUUUUUUGUGUGAUUUUGUAGAUCACUGCUGUGAGGAUUUCUACCAUAGCUGUGCCACUCUUUUAAAAUCCUCACAGUAAAAGUGUCGAAUCUCUCUGUUCUGCACUUUUUCCUCACACUUUCCCCGUCACUGUGCGGUAUUUUGAAGCUCCCUGCGUGGGUUUGUCCACACGGAGCAUGACCUGAGAGCGCUGUGAUGUAGGCCACGCUGAUAAGACUGGGAGACGGCGGGGAGGGGAGCGUAUCCUCGCUCUGCUUUAUCACCUGUGUGUCCUUUGAAACAGCCUCUCUGUCGGCGGAUCAAAGCAGCCCGCCGACUCCGGCGACCACGCGGCUGCUGGAGCUUGGCCAGGCUGACGGGGGUGGACUUCAGCCAGCGUCCUGCACUCCUGACCUGUCACCGACUUGGAAUGAUUUGUAACGGUUGAGUAACGAUGACUGUAAGUCACACAGGCAGGGCAAACUGCAGGCGGGCGGGGUGUGUGCCUGCAGACUGCUGAAAGAUUCCUUUUUUUCUACCUCGGCUCCUCUGGCACAGGUGUCUCAUUUCCAUAUUAGGGAUUUCCCUCAUUUCUGUUUCAAAAGCGGGUCAAAGUCCGUAUUUGUUGUCUCUCAGGUGAACUUGAGUGUUUGCAGGAACUGGUUUCAGAUAUGAAAUCCUGUCUUUACCAUUCAGAGUCAGAGAGAGCUGCAUUUCAGUGGGAAACCCCUCAAACACAACCUGAGACCUCUGUCAGGAAGUCAGAGAUAGAUUUCAUCAUAAUCAGGUUUACGGUUGUUUUUUUUUAUGCUCUGCUUUCUUUACCUGCGAGGUAAAGGCUUCAGUGGCACAGUUUAACCUCUCCGGACCUCGAGGCAAUGACAACUUUAUCUCUGCAAAGGAAACAACAUGAAAGGAUUGAUGCAUUUAAAAAAAAAACAUCCUUAAAAACUUAUUACUUUGGUCUGACUGAGGAAAAAGUGUGAAAAUGUCCAAAACUUAAAAUCUGAAGCGCUCUGAAACAGUUUAUAACUCCCUUUAUAAUCAGGAAUAUAUCCAAUACGAUCAACUUAGAGGAGUCUUCAUAGAGACACGGUUCAGGCAGGAAAAUCAGAAAAAGUAGAAACAAUUAAAUUGUAUAACGCAGUGAGCACACAAAACAAGAAAAACACUUCAAACCUUCAAAAGAAGGAAAGUGAACAGAGUAGUUUUCUGUUUAUGUCACUUUGUGUUUUUCAUACUGUCAUGCCGUGGUGAUUGGGUCGGCCCAGUGUUGACUUCUUGUACUGAUAUAAAGACGUAUGGAGAUGAUAGCUGUCACUGUUCGAUGAAAAUAAGAAUAAUUACAAACUUGUCGCAUUACUGCUUUUGCGUGUGUUGUUAAAGCAUGUGGAGCCAUAGAUCAUGCAUUGUAUCAGGCUGUGCAAACAGCAGAGAUAGAUCAGAUUGUGUUUUUUAUAUGCAGUAAAAAUAGUGUGAAAAAAAGGAUAGAUCAGCUCUCACCGUUUGAAAAAAAAAACUAAACAGAUAUCAUCCACACAGGCAAAGUUAUAGGGGAGGCAGCAGCUAUCUGAUGUCUCAUUAUCAAUGGCGUUCUCAAAGUCUAGACAUCUUUUUUGUGCAGCACGCAUCUGAAAUUUACCAUUAAAGGGAUAUUCCGGUGUAAAAUUAAGUUAGGCUCAAACACACCAUAACAAUGAGUUAGCCACCCCCGUCAAGAGAUGAAUGAUGCCGACCACUUGCUUCUCUAGUGAAACUAACUUCAGUAACGACCGCGGAUAGCAAUACAGAGAGCCUCACGACCAACCAAAACACCACUCUAUAGCCACAAAUAAUGCUCAGAACAGCACCUAACUUCAUCAACAGGACAUAUAGGGUCCCAGCCAUAGUACGAGCCAACUCUUUUUAACUUUGCCUGAUUUCUUUAGCAAAGAAACUAAUAAAUGUUCUUCCUUGAGCUGCAUCCCCCGAUGGACUCGCCCAGAGGUCUUCAUACAAACAAGCGGCUGCUGGAAGAGAGUAGGUAAGUUGUGUUUAGUCUCUUUGCUAAAGAAAUUAGGCAAAGCUAAAAAGAUGUUUGCUGGCUAGGACCCUGUACUGUUGAUGAAGUUAGGUCCUGUUGUGAGCAGUAUUUGUGGCUGUAGAGCACGUGGCUCUCUGUAUUGCUAUUGUGCAGUUGUUACUAAAGUUGGUUUAACUGCGCAUGUGCUGCAAAUGUGGCUGCAAGAAGUAAAUACUCCAGAGUCCAUCUGUUUCUGUGGUUUACAUAUGUAGCCAUAAUGUUAAUUGCUGCAGAUAAUGGGAUUACACGCAUUUUAAAAGCCAUCUUGACUGUUGAAGCAUUUGGCCAACACGCUGCAUGCAUCUCACAGGGAAGAAAAUGCAAACUCUGCAUACAAAGAAGUACUUUCUCACGCCUUGUGAUGCAACCUUCAUUGCUAUUGCCAUGGUAACACAUUUUAUUGCUCGACUUCACUCCCUGUGUCUUUGAAGCAAAAUCUGCGUACAAGCAAAAAUGAAAAGAGGAGUUUCAGGAUUAUGAAUGUUUGAAGUUUGCUGGUCUUAAUAAUCAACUUAUCACAAAGCAACAUUAUUUGGAUUUUUGCAGGAAAGCGAUGCAAGAAAUCCUGAACCCAUCAGAAGAAUACAACCCUGUCUAAUGAUGAUUUGACUUUUUUAUCUGUCUCUGUAUAAAAAGAAAAAAGUUUGCUUAUUUUUCUCAUCCAACCUCUUAUUCUAUGUUGAAAAGCAGAGAAAGUCCGUAAAGUUUGGAAACAAUCAUCGUCUCAAUGCCUCAGACAGCUGUAACAACCUGUCUUAAACUUAAGCGCCACUUUUCAACUGUAAAGUCAACUUGAUCUGCAAACACGACUCGAAAAUAAGGUAAAACGUCUGAUUUACGAACCACAGCAGCCAGGAAGUGACAAAGACUUUAGUUUGCAUUGACUUCUCUCUUAAAGCUGACCUAUAAUUACUGUAAAUGAGGAUCUGUCAGAGAAUGGAAAUAUUACCUUACAUUGAAUGUUUGAAGGUUUUCGCUGUAAUUAGUUUUUCUGAACAAUAAUGUAUCUGAAGUGUCACUCAGCAGCUCCUUCCUGACAAACAGACCCACAGCAUGGCGUCAGCUGCGGGAACAUUUGUUCCAACAUUUGUUUCGAAGAACUCGAAACUUUAUGAGGUUUUCACUUCUGUGUAAAUAAUGUUUGGAGUUACAAAAUCAGACGUUUUACAAAGUCACUGUAUAGAUAUCCUUUUUUUUUUUUUUUUCGCAGGAAAAUAUGGUACACAUACAGCUUUUUUAUUGUUCAGUUACCUUAAGUCAUGAAGGUUGUGUUGGUUGGUCUAAAAAGAGUCUGUUACCGGUUGAUGCAGAGCAAUAUUUAACAGUAUCAUCUGCAUACAAACAUAUAUUAGCAUCAGAAGCAUUUAGACUAAUAUUGAUAAUAUUGAGUGUAAAUAACAGUGGUCCUGAGAUGGAGCCUUGGGGCAUGCCACUAUCUGUUGCAGUACUGGUGCACCCAUAACGCUUGGUACGCUCAGAGCGUAGGGCCCCACACGGCCCAUUACGUCACCCACGUUAAGGGUAAAAAAAACAAAAAAAGAAGAAGCGUUUAAUGAUUCCAUCACACGCACGCAUUCCCUGCAUGGCUUGCAGCAGCAGAGCAUCGCAAGAUGAAGCGGAAUUAUCCAUCAGGGCAUGCGAAAAGAAGAAAGAGAGAGCUCAUGAUAAGGAACUAAGUGAACAGCAGUCAGGUAGGCAAGGCAACGUAACGUAAUCCCUCUCUUCUUUUGGGUUACCCAUUGUACGACGGAAUAUUAGUGCCACCACAGACUCUAUGGUGGACUUUACUUUAUGCUGCUCCAGCUGCUCAGAGCCGCUCCGCUGGCGCCACUGGCGCAGACGCAGAGAGCAGAGCAGCAGCCGCACGGACAGGACAGACACAGACCCGCUGUCUGCCCCUGCUGCCUUGUUGUUUCCAACAAACAUCCAUGUAUAAUAUUUCCACCAUAUGAUAUAUGCAUGGACUUUCUGCUGCUGCUGACUGGAGCGGAGCAGAGCAUUGGGCGCUACUGUCCCCUGGCUGUGCUCCAUUCAUUCAUUCAUUCAUGCUUCAUUGAAAGAUAGUAAAAUCUUCCUCACUGCAUUCUGUUGUCAUGCCAAUCCAUCUCAAUAUCCUGAAAUGUCACCAAGAUGAUAAGACAUUUGCGCCUAUGUUGUCAAAACAGUCAUAAGCUCAUAUGCUGCACCACAGCCUGAGGUCUUGGGGUGGUGGGGACUUGAUUUUAGACUUGAGACUUGAUUUUAGUUAGGAGGGCCCCUUGGCAUAUUUUUGCCUAGGGCCCCAUGGAGGAACCAGAUCUGAUCUGAAGAGAUCUAGAGGCUAGUCCUUCAGCCGGCACACACCGUGAUCUGUUUGAAAAAUCCUUCUCACAUCAACAGACGGAUUGUUCUGACAGUCCAGUAACAGAAAGUCGCUGUUUUGUUGUUACAUGGUCCACUGUGUCAAAAGCUUUCAACAAGUCAAUAAAAAGUGCUGCACAGUGUUCCUGAUCAGUGUUCCUGACAUGACUAAAGGUCGCUGAUUAUUCUGUUGGAAAAAAAGCACACUGAGUUUUUACUUAAGCACCAGCUGGGCAAUGGGAGUUGACAGGAAAUACUGCAGCUUUUCACUGGUGUAAUGUGAAGUGGCUGAAGCUCUUGUUGAAGAUUACUGUGAUUAUUUUUGAGACGUUAUGGUUGAUUGUAACUUUGGUUAUAUAGUGCUAUCAAGACUAUUUCUUCACCCAGUUCCCUAUUGUCUAGCUGCUGUACUAAAUUAUGUAGUGCUGCCAGGGCACACUGUAAAGGCCCCUUAAACAUUUCACUCAGUGAAGUGAGAAAAUAGAAUUCAUAGAAGCUGAAUGUAUGACCAUGUAAGGAAAAGUUAGAAGUUAGAAGCAUGUAAAAGACACUUGAUCCGACUGAAAAACUCUCAAAAUAAACUUUGUGUGACUGUGACUCCGCCCCUACAUAGUCUUGUCCUCAUUUUGGGGAUUCAGAAUAUGGUCACCCUAUCCACAUGGCGAAAUGUCCUUGGGCAAGACAUUUGACCUCAUCUGCACCCAUUAAUGUGUGAAUUUUAUGAGGUCCAUUCAGAGGCUGUAUUCACAAUCAGCUGACUUGUAAAGAUCCAAUCACUGUCAUUGUUUUGGAUUGCUGCAAUAAUAACAAUAAUUAUAAUAAUUAUAAUAAUAAACUUGAUUAUAUUUUGAAUGAUAAAAAAAGGUGAUUAAUCUCUAAGGUUAUCCAAGGACAAUAAGUCAUAAAUCGGAGGGGGGGAAUCUGUCCCAAGUUUUGGCUCUGAUUGUACAAACCUCUUAGUGAACAUGUUAGUGCCCUGUGGGUACAAACACAUGGUUUUCUGUGUGUCAGCUGCUUUAGAGGAUGUGCUGUCUGUCAUUUAGCGCUAGAGGGUCGGCACUGUAGUCUGGCCUUUAGUUUAUCUCUUACAUACAUCUGUCCUGACAGGAGGCUGGUCAUGCCAACAACCUGCUGCCUGUAAAUGCGCCACCACCAACAUGUUCUCUGUGACGGAUCAUCACCACACACGGCGGUGACUCACGACAUGUGUCUCUGUUUUUGUUUCUCAACCUCAAGGAAAAAAAAAAAAAUCUUUAAGACCGUUUUUUUAAGACGCCAGCUGUCAAGUGGACAGGCUGCGUUUGAGGACACGUGCAGACACAUGCACACGUUUGUUUGUGUAGUUUGGACGCUAUGAUCGCUCUGGCCACGGUGGAUGAAAUAGUGGUGAGAGAGGGGGCGGGGCUUCAGGCAGGUCAUGGUAAAUACCUCAUGAGUCAUGUACAGGCGACCAUGUGGAUCCACCAAAUGUUUUUCAGUAGUCCUGCCGCUGAAGAUACAAAGCCUGACUGAUCUUGGAUAAACCCUUCAUGAAGAUUUGUUUAUCGGACAACAUGAAUCAGCUGUUAAGUUACAAGCUAAGCUGUGUCACUGGCGCGCUUCCUUCCAAACAUUUUACAUUUUUGCUGCUUUUAUCACGUUUUUCGACUGCUUUCUGAUCUUGUGUAUUUUGCUUUGCAUCAUUUGUGUAUUUGCAGCUUGUUAGUACAGCCUCUCUCUUACUUUGCUCACUCUGUCCAUUGGCUUUUCAGACGCACACAAACACGUCUGCCUUCUGCUGCUCCUCUCCCUGCUCUCUUCUCUCUUCACCUCUGGCUGCCUGAUAGUGUGCACUGCUGUUGCACAACUUUUUUUUGCGUUCUGGUUGAGCAUGUGGCUCUCUGUAUUGCUAUCUGCAGUCAUUACGAAAGUUGGUAUAACUAGAAGGAAGCGGUCGGCAACAUUUAUCUCUCGACGGGGUGUCUAACUUGGUGUUGCGGUGUGUUUGAGCCUAACUUAAUUUUACGCCGGAAUAUCUCCCUCACAUACUGUUCAAAUCCUGUACCCUCACAGUAUGUUCCGGGUCAAAAUUGCCCCUUCAAAGAGUAGGUCAUUUUGACCUCUGUCUAGGUGUGUCUGUGUGACUGUAUGUCUGUGUGCGUGUGUUUGUGUGUUUCUGUCAAGGUAAUGAUAGUUUCAUAAUGAUUUGAAUAUAUCUUUUUGAACAACAAACAUGAUAUUGAACACUGUUGUUACUGUUUGUCACUUGUCCCACACUGCUAGAUCUAAAAUCCAUCUAAAUAUAGAUACGGGUCAAAUUUGACCCGUAACAGCCUUAGAGGGGAAAAAUUUGUAGCACAUAAACAAAAAUACACAUGAAUAUUUUAAAAUUAAUUUCAUGUAUUUUGGGUUAUUUCAGGAAAAGUCGUCAAGUUUCAGGCUUAAAAAAUUAUGUAUAGGGUAUUUUUACUGCUGUUAAAAGUCAAAACGGGUCAAAUUUGACCCCGAACAGUAUGUGAUGGUUAAGAUACAGCAUCUGCAACUUUCUUGCACCCCCAGUUUAGGGUAGCCUCUCACCACCAUGAUCAGUUUGUCUCAUUUAAAUCAUUCAAAUCCCUCGACAAGAACACACGUCUAAUUGUGUUUCUACAUUGAUUUCACAUCUAAACACUCAAAAACAGUGAUUUUACAUCUCACAUGUGAAUGCAACAUAAAAUUAACUCUGAGAUAUAACUCCCGAGCCUCAUCAACGAGGUGUUUGCAAUAUGAAAGCAAAGAAAAAGUAACCUAUGAUGAUUUGGUGAAGUAAGUGUUUCCAGCAGGGAGUAAAGUGUAUAAGUGAUCCAUACAGACUGGUACUGUCUGCACAUAAAGUGCAGUUUUCAGUUUCUCAGCCUCUUUGUGUGUAAUUACUGCAGGUUUAAAUCAGCUUGGAUAGGUGUAUUGCCACAUCAGGUACACCCACAGACUUAAUUGAAGCCGCCCGCUGUGCAGUGGUUAAAGCCGGUGAUUUUCAUGAUGGAUAAAGUCUGUAUCCGUCUGCUUUUCUCCCCUCUCUCUAUCUCUCUAUCUUUCCUUCCCUUUCUUUCUCCUUCACUGUGUGUGGCUUAAAUUACAAAGCUUUCACUCAGAAGUGACUCAUGUCGGGAGAAUGCACUUCUUUCUCUUGCUUCGUUUUUUUUCUCAACUGUCUUAUUGCCUCUCAAUCUCACUCUCCCUCCAUUUCUUAAGAUGUCAGUGUAUUUUUUUCCUCCCCCCUCUCCAAGGCCGUGUCUGUGCGGCUCUCCUGCGCUCUUUGUGCUGCUCUGUAAGAGAUUAAUUCAACUCGUUUCCUGCAAAAAAAAAACUGAGGAUAUCACGCCUCUUUCGCGAUGUAUGUUGCAGCAGCCCGAGCGGGGUAUAACAUCUUUGUCCUGGCUUUUUGCAAAACCAAAACCAAAGAGUCAGGAGCUCCAAAAUCUGAGUCCAGAAGGGGACAGUGUUGAGAGACAAAAAGUGGGGAAAAUGGAGCCAGGAGAGGUGGAUAGUCGGAGAGAAAAAGGAGCACAAUUAGUCAUCGAUUUCAAAGACAGCAUAAAAUAAAACAUUUCCCCCCUUAGGUAAACCUGCUGAAUGCAAACACGAAUUAGCCGCCCACGCUCGCUCGGUGAAUAAGGCUAAAAGAAUGCACAGCAGCCCACUCAUCGAACGCCACAGCGCCACUCUCUCCCCCUCUCACUCAUUCUCUCUCCUCUUUCCGCCGACACAUCUUAUAAUGGGUUUCACCUCCACCACUCAAACACAAGCUGCAGGGACAAAAAAAAAGGAAAAACAUAUUCAUUUGAAAGUAAAAUCGAAACAUUGUUUAAAAAAGGUCCACGCCUGAGAAGUGACUGUCAGUUUUCAAGUUUUUUUUUUUUUUUUUCUGCAUCGUUAAAUAGCAGCACAAUGACGAGGGCGUGACAACCUGCUGAAAAGGACUGUCGCUUCUGAAUCCAAUGAAAAGCAUCAUGUUUAAUGGAGAUACAAGGAUGUAUUUAGUGUGAGGGAGGAGGACAAAAUCCAAAAGAAAGCCCCCCUCCAGUCCCCAAAUAAAGAAAAGAUGUAUUGACAGCAGAGGCCACUAAUGCUACACUGUCCUAGAAAAUUAUGAUGAAAAUAAAAGUUGUGCAGGAGCACCGUGCAGCUCUAAGGGCAAACCACUAUUAAAGGAAUGAAAGGAAUGAGGCCGAGCUUUCUCAGGUACUGAAAGGAUCGGCAGAAUGAUGUGCAGAAAGAAAUGUUACUGAGUAAUAUACUGCAUCGCCCCACAGAGAUGAGGAUCAGGACCUGUUGCCUCCUGUAAAAACAGGACAGCAGAGUUUGCAAACUGCUUUCAAACAGCAUGAAUCUCUGCAGAAAGUCAGCACUCAGAAACAUGACAGACAUGUGCAAAAUGUGGCAGAAAAUAAGUUGAGUUUUCUACCAACUAAGCAAGAAGAAAUCACCUGCAAAGAUUAUUUUUUGAAGUAAAAUAAUCCACAAUAACUAAGUGCAUUGUGGUGUUUUCUUGAAUCAAAAGCAAGUCGAAUUUAGCAAACACAGUGCAAGUUAAAAAAAUCAUCUGUUUGGCUGCAGAAUCUGUCUUAAAAAGUACAAAAAUAUGACAUUGCAAAAUGCGUUUCCUCCUUUUUUAGUUAUAGUUGUGCAUAAAAGCAAGACAAACACAGGACAGAGAAAACUGGUGCAACCACACGGAUUACAUAAGCAUUUAUCCACCUCAUCUUUUCUGAAGAUGCUGAUCUGUAAAAGCAGUUUCGCUUAAAAAAAAGAUGUUAGUAACCUUAAACCUUAAAAUUAUUACUUUUUUCUUGUUUUAAUCUGACAGUGAAAGUAUUGAGACACAGAAAGUAGUUUAGAAACUAUGCUUUAUGUGUAAAGUAGAUCGAGAGUCCUAGUUUUAUUAGCUAAUCAGGUAUCAGAAAAAUUAUCUUUAUGGAGAGCAAAAGCAGGCAGAACACUGUAACAUGCAUAAAUGCACCAUAAAGACAUCCCAGCUCCUAUGGUUGGUAAUCUGAGGAGGAUUCAACAGGUUAGCAGGUCAGCUAACUGUUCUAGAUCAAACAUUUAUGCUGAGACACUGAUCUGCGAGAUGCUGAGUCACUAAAGACAAUCAGCGGUUAGAUUUCCUGACUUCCCCGAAUGCAUCAGAAAUGACAGAUCUGACCUCCAUUUAACAAACAUUUAAAGUUUGUUUUCCUCUCCUUUUAAGGACAGACUUGACAAAACUUGACUUUUGACAUUUUAUUGAUCUUUAUCAUGUUUUUAUUUCAGCAAACUGAAGGAAAUCACAAGAUCAUCAGUUUCUGUUUCAGGUUUUAACCAGAGAGAAGCAUCUGUGUGACUGACGAUUUGCACAAACAGAUGAAGCCCAGAGUAGAGAUUUAGUGUUACUUAAUUUUGACAGUGAAACUCAGACUAACCAUUAACAGUAAGCCAGAGUCAAGCCUCUGUGUAGGUUUCUUAUUACAGUCAAACCGAGACAAAAAAAUGAACAGCUGGUUUUCCAAAAAAUGAUUACUUUGCAGGCAGGUGGGGCAAAUUUAAUCUUCCUUAUUAAACAAAACCUUUAUCUUGAAACUCAGAAGGAAAGUCAUUGUAUCUUUUCAGGGAAUUUGAGGCAAAAAGAAAAAGGUUAAAACAGCUGAAACAGCCCGGCAUUUAACAAUAUGUUGGGAAAAAUAUCUUGUCAGACAAGAAAAAAAAGGACCCACUGCCUGAUGACAUAUUUUAUCCUAGUACAGCUUCAGAUUUUGCAGAGAUGGUCUAAAUUAAUGGAAAAUCUUGUGUUUGCUCCGUCUUUUACACUGAUUCUCACCUGAAUGUGUCUUUUCUGUUUCCAGAGCAACAAGUGAAAUUUCAAGGUCUCAUACUGCAGUCUACUUCUUUAUCACCCUAGCUUCUCUCUCUCUCUCUGUCUCUCUAACACACCGCGUCUUUAAUACACAAUCACAGUCACUCAUAAAGUCAUUGUUGUCCUUGCACAAGCUGACAAUCAGCAGAUGGAGACUGUUUUUGAAGGAUGUUGUUGGUGGGGAGGAAGAACAAAAGAGCAUGAAAUUCAAUGGCAGAAUUUCCCAAAACCACAUGGGCGUUUUUUACAGCACGUCAAAACCAUCCAAAAAAUCUGACAGAGGUUAAAUAAACGAGGGCUUUUUGUACUUUUUGUGUUAUUUUGCGUGUGGGCAUCAGAAAAAAUCCCAAAAAACACAAAAGCAACAUGGAGGGGGAGGGGCGUAAUCUUUGUGAUGUGGAGGGUGACCAACAGUCCAACAUUUAACCUGACAUUUCUGACGGUCUGUGACACAUCUGACUCACAACGCAACCAAAAAAAAAAAAAAAAGGCAUCAACUUCUUUGGUCAUCCUCUUUCUUUUUCAGUCCCAUACACAAACACACAAACAUAUACACACAUACACAAACACACGGCGAUAUCUGACGGAGAUAGAGGGAAACCACAGUGAGUCAGAUACAAACCACAAUCAGCCGUCAAGCUUUAUACUGAGGGGAAACACGGUGACAUCAGACGUGACCUUCAGCAUGCUAAUGAACUCUGUACACACACACAGACACACACACACUCAUACAUGACUGUAUCAUAAAAUUCCCACUUCGGUUUACUGCAUCUUACCCAUCAGCUUUCGAAUAAAUUGAAGCAGAAAUGCCUCACUGUCUUAAAGUGUCCACUUUGAACCAUGAGGCAAAUUUAACCCUUAGGACUCCCAGCUAUAUUUAGCUAUUUUUGUCUUUUUGUUUUUGUAAAAAUCUAUGUAGAAACUCUUUCUUUUCAACCACAGCAAAUAUUUACACAUCUUUUUUUAGGACAACCUCAGCUGUCAGUUUAUGUGUGCAAAAAUUUUGUAGAACAAAUGUGACAGUAGAUUCAGAACCAUCAAAGUAAACCAAAAAACAAAAACGGAAAUUAAUACCAACAGUACUUUGCUAAAAAAAACACAUAGAUCUUCAGUGAUCAAGCCUUUUCUAACCUGCACAUCAUUCUGUUAAGUCUUGGCUAUCAGGAGAAGAAAUAUUGGGAUUGAAACAAACACACAGCAGAAAUCUUUGUUACAUAUUUACACGAAUUCUUCCAGGCGUUUUUUUUUUUUACUAUUUCUUGUUGUUUUUGCCACUCCUUGAAUCAGUUCCUGUCUGGGAUGAGACAGAGGACCACAUCAUACUGCUCAUAAUCUCGUCUUUGCUUGUUUCCAAGCAUUGAGGACCAUUAUUUCUUAUUUUGCAAACAAGCAGGGAACUUUCUUGUCUCUUGUUGAUCUUUGGUUGCAAGGGAACAAUAGAAGAAGAAUAUGAGCUCAUGUAACUGGUUGAAAAUUUGACAGAAAAAGAUGUCAUCAAAACAGCUUGUCAAACCCGGAAGACAUUAGCGGCAUUUAGUGAUAGCGACCUUUUUUUUUAAUCACAACAAUAUGAUAAAUAAUCAUGUUUUCACCGGUAUAUCACUGCGGAUUUACCAUCAAACAUCUUUAAUCAAACAUCUAUUUUUGUGGCUGGAUUGUAAACCUUGUGGCAGGUGUAGAAAUGCCUGGAAACCCUCGAAAGAUCGCCAAAAGGGUAAGCUUUUGAACACUUUUUAUCCCAUAGAGAUACACAGUAUAGUUCCCAGGAAACUGUAAACAGUUCUAAGUGUUCUCAGAGUUCUAAGUAUUAAAACAGCAGUUCCUCAUGUGUCCACUAGAGGCUCUUUUUUGAAGUGCGUCAGUCCCCAUCGAGCUCUAUGUGAAAAAUGGGCUGAAUUGCAGAUUGAAGUUCUACACGUUAAUGAUAUUUGUCGUAUAUUUAUUUGUGGCAGGCAUGACAGCCAGGAUUUUUUUGGCUGUGUUUAUAGAGCAGAAACUGGCUGUGAUUAUUAAAAAAUUUGGCCGUUAUUUGUGAGACAGACUGUGAAAUUUAAAGUCCCACUGGUCAUGGGAUCAAUUCCAGUGGUGUUAAGUACCUGAGAGUCCUAUUUGAGCAACAGUCUAGACGUUACACCAGAAAAAGAUGAGUGAGAAUAAGUUUGGAGCCCUUCAGUUACUAGAGUCGAGUCUCAUAAAUCAGAAAGUAGACUUGCUGAUAGUUAUUGUAUGUGGGUUUCACUGUUUUACAUGGAUACAAAAAAAGCCAGUGCAGGGAGAGCAGCAGCAGACCCCAGAGCUCCAAAGUAUGUCAUGAAAUGCCAAAGCCUGAGGCAGGAGGAGCAAACCUAACUUCUGUUUCAUGUGUGAAGAAAAGGCAAAGAGAGCAACAGCAAAGAUGUUUCACUGAAAAAAAGUACAACAAGAAAACUAAAAAUAAUACAACAUAAUUAUCAAAAAAAAAAACUUAAUCUGUCGGGAUGCAGCAGCGAGGUGGCUGUCUAGCAUGAGUCUGGUCCUUCCCAAGGUUUCUGUCUGUUUAAAGGAAGUUUUUCUUUGCCACUGUCACUUAUGUUAGAUGAGAUGGGUCAAAUCUGUCCCAUCUGAAGGUUGGGUCUUGGUAAUUCAUCAAACAAUGAUUGUGGUCUAGACCUGCUCUUUUUAUUUUUUUGGAAAGCGUUUGGGAUAACGACUGUUGUGAAUUGGCGCUGUCUAAAUAAAAUUUGAUUGAUUGAAAGAUUUGAUUGAGGAUAAGAAAGUUCUCAGGAGGAAGGGCAAAGUAAGAGAGGUCUUCAGUAAGGAUUUUAAAUGGUCAAAAAUGGAGGUGGAUUUUAUUUGAAGUGGUCAGCUGUUCCACCUCUUAUGGGUGGAAAUUGUUCAGGGAGUGUCAGGUACAUCCAAGAGCAGCUGAUUGGUUGAGCUCAGUUAACACGCACACUAAAAUGAAAACCGUUAAAGCUGUCUUUCUCCUUAGCAUUAUCCAACAUGAGGUGUAUUAUUGCAGUAUCUUUAUGAUUCUCACCUUUAAUAUCAUUCUGUCUAAACUCUGAGAAUCUCUUGCUGAAUUCCCCGUGUUGUGGGCUGCUGUAGUAUGAGACUUUCCUCCGAUAGGGGAUCAAUAGAGCCUAUCAUACCUCCUCUUAUUUCUGCACACAGUUUAGCCACAGCUACUUUACUUGUUUGAGAUUCCUCCUCUUUUCUUCAGACUUUAAUUUGAGUGUUUCUGCUCUAUGAACUCACUUUCCAUUUCUCUCCAACUCGCAGACUUUCUGAGUAAGCUAAUCAGCAUCUCCUGCAUUAGUCACCUCCUCACCCUCUCCAUCCUUCCCCUUCAUCCCCCCCCCCACCAGACCCUCCUUCUCCGUGCCUUCUGUUAGCGCCGGCUCUGUUUGGCUGCGUUUGUGUCCUUUUGACUGUCAUCUCAUCUGAGGCCUCGAUACACUUCUCCCUCCUCUGCUCUCUCCGCCUUAAUGUGCAUGAGUCAGGGUCUUAAGCACAGGUUUUACUCUGCUAAGUGUUGAGGACAACCUUUUAUCUGUCUGUGUGUGUGUGUGUGCUUGUUUUUCCCUUCAGACGUGUUAGUGUGUGUGUGUCCCUGCUAAUGCCAAUAGGUACCAUUAUCUUCCCGGUGCUUCAUUAGAAUUAAAUGUCAGAGCGAUUACCUGUGUUUGUGACUCACCUCUCAGCCAGGUGCUUUCUCUUUGCUCACACAUGCAACCUGCACACCAGGAAUCCACAGUAUGCAGGCACACACACACACACACACAUGCUCUCACACUCCUGACACACAGCAAAGGAAUGGGACUUACCCUUUGGCCAAACUGCUCGCCCACAGAUGUACCUGACAUACCGCAAAUGAAUCGGAGAUAUCAUCACCCCUUUUACUUAACAACAAAAAAACCUCACAAAGGCUCCUCUUCCUCAAGUCCAGACUCAUACCUUCAUCUCCAUCUCACUUUUUUAACACUUUUUCCUGUCAGAUAAAAAAAAUUAAGUGCAAAAUCCCACCUGAAAGUCAAAAGUUCGGAUCACGAAUCAAGAAAACCUGCCUGCCGUUUUGCUCCGACACACUCCUUCUGAUAUCGAGACACUUUCUUUAGAUCUAAACCGACUAUUUGCACUUGUCGGAGGUGUUAAAUAUGUCUAUUUCAUCUCUCUCCUGGCUGCAGCUCUGUCUCUGGUACCUUGAUGCAGUGACUCAUAUUAAAAGGCAUGAAGUUUCACACAUUUAAGCAACAUCUCCUUGAAGCGUACAUUGAACUGCAGCUGGCUGUACAGUACACUGUAAAAGUGACUGAAGUAGGUGUGUGAAUAAUAAAAAGAGUGUUUUAAACUCUCAGCACACCUGGCUGUUGCUACAUUAAGUGGUCGUGGAUUUCUAAAUUUUUAGUUUUAAAAGUUAUUAAACUUGUUGAAAACACCUGCUGCCCGAGCCGGAGCUUCAGAUGGAAAUCAGCUCCUCUCUGUGACACUUGACUCUGACACUUUGGCCGUCCUCAUCCUGUUUUACAGAGCCAGAAGUGACCAUAUUUGGACAAGAGGGUGGUAAGUGUGAGGACUACUCUAAACACCACCAUCUCCACCAAUUCCACAUUUUAAUUUGAUGAAAAGUUCAUGGAUAAACCCCUCAGAGUUUAAUAUUUCUACAGCCUCAAUAAACAAUUUUAGGAGGAGUAAAUAAUGGUAUGAAUCUUUCAAGCAGGAAUACAGCCUUAUCGAGCAGGUGUAGGGUGUCAGGACUUAAUCUGUCUCCAAGAUCGAUAGUUUUAUUAUUCCCUCAGUGUGUCGUACUGGAUGACAACCAAAGCAACAUCAGGGGUAUUUUCCUUCCACUUCUUAUGAUGUGGCAGAAAGUCACGAGCGUACACAAGAAAAACGGUGAAGCAAUAGAGGCACUGGUGUGAGAUGGAGCUAUAAGAGGGGAUAGUUAAUCCAUGAUAGCGAAAAUGAUACGAUGCGCUUUAGCAAACCUGCAGGGCUCUGUUGUGGGCCCCCUUUUUGUUUACUAUCUAUGUGAAUAAUCUGUGGCUAACUGUAACCGAUGGUGCGCUCCAUUUCUAUGCUGAUGACAUGGUUAUGUGCUGUUGUGAAGUAGACAUUGUUCCUGAAGGAUGUAUUUGCUUGAGCUGAAGUUUGUUGUAGAGAAAACUAAGGUGAUAAUGUUUACCAGUUCAGAGGUUGUGCUACAAAACGUGCCUGUGCUGGUCACUGCUGAUGAGAGGAGACAGAGGCUGGUUGUGAUUGAUGUUGUGUUUUUCUACUGUUGUACCCAUACUGGACUUUGGUGAUCUCUUGUAUAUGUACGUCUCUGCUCAAUGUCUUCAUGUGAUUAAUACAGCUUUAAGGUUUAAACAAAUUGUGAAGCUCUUACUCACCAUUGUGAGUUAUAUUCCCAGGUUGGUUGGACCGCCAUCUCUGACAACCUGUAGGUUUAAGUACAUUCUUGGCCUGUUACUGUACUGUCUUGGUGUUAUUAUCGUACAGAAAAGUGUGCGACAGUACCCAUUGCAGUCUUAGGACUUUUUGUAUCCUUUCUAUCCCAAAAGCACCCUAAGCCAGGAAUUUAUUACAGAAUGACCUGAAACUAAAGGAGCUGGUGUCUUCAAAUGCUGAUCAAUCUAAAAUAAACAAAUAGCCCCAAAAUAAUAUUAAGAUUAAAAAAAAAAAAAAAACAGCUUAGACCUUCAGGGAUUUCUUUGGCCCCAUACUCUUACCAACAACAGCUUUAAACCCGCCCACUCCUGCAAGUCCACAGAAUGCCAGACCCAAUGCAGCCAACAAGUACAGGCUCAGGACCUCUCAAGAUGCCACUCCACUUUGGCUGCUUCACUCUUUUUUUGAUAAAAUUGACUGUCAGUGAUGUUUAGACCUGAUAUCAUCCCACUGUUUGCUAAAAAUACAUGAUUUUUACUUGAGAAUAGAGAGGUAAUAAAAAAGCGUCAUGUUUUAUCAACUUCUUUUUCAAAUUUAUGCACUUGUUGAAAACGGUGGCCAUGAAAAUAAAAGAUAAAUAAUAAUGAAAACUUAAAGGAUGCACACAUAAAAUGAAGGAAAUAUGGCUAGUGUGUACGAGUUAUAGAUAGAUAGAUAGAUAGAUAGAUAGAUAGAUAGAUGGUGCAGAGUUAAAACUAGUAAAAGAAUUAAUGUUUCCGAUGAUGCGCUUAAUCGCAGCUCCAUCCUUUGUACAGUUCUUGCAUUAUUUCAGUCAAAACGUCAAAGGCCGUGUCACUCAGUUUAACUGAUGGAAUCUGACGGAUUAUUUUUAGAGGCGGUUAAAACUUGACUAUUCAUCUGCAGCACAGGGAGCAACAAAGGCUGCCAUGCAUGUCUACCGUCUUCAACAGUUUUUCCCUUUUUUUUUUUUGUGAUAUUUUUUUUUCUCCCUUAAAUGUGUCCCCAUGCUGAGAUCCUUCAGAGCGCAGUGAACGUGAGAGACAAGCCUCUUAAAAGGACAUUUAAAGGUUUCAUUAAGAGAAAAAGGAGCUCAAAGAGCUAAAACGGAGAGAAUGGAAAACAAAGUCACACAGUUUUGUUCGACGAAUACAGACAUUUCAUAAAACCACCUCAUGUUUCAGUCUUCUUUAAUUGAUCAUCAGAAUAUUAAUCAUGUAAUUAUUAAGAAGAUUUGAUAAGAAUCACAGGAUGAUUAAUCAGAAAUGAAACUUAAUGAUAGCAGCUCUGGUGACAUGAGUUUUUUUCUUUUGAGAAAUGUGUUGGCCAGUUUGCAGGAAACCCCCCCGGAGAGAGGAUGUGACGAAUAUGGAUGACAUCCAAUUGCUACAAAUUAUGAGACGUCUGCAGGUUAUACUGCUGCGUGCAAAUACAGCUCAGACUGCGAACAUUCAUCACACAGCGCGAGUUAAUCACAGCCUCAGUUCUGGAUAAAUGAUAGCAGCCUGUGAUCAUUCAUGUCCCGUUUGCUGCAGACGAAGAGAGGGAUAAUAUGCCGUAAAAUAUCAGCAAUAAAUGAUCAAAACCUCAGAUGCAAGAAAUGCUAACUCUCGCUUUAACUCAGCUCUUGUCAUGUUCAGGAAAGUCUCUUUAUUAGUAACAGGAGGAGACACUGAUGCACCUGACUGCUGUAUGACGGCUAUUCUGAUGGUGUGCGAAUGCUGGGAGCAUAAUUACACACAGGAGUAUUCAGACCAAUAAUGAACCUCGCUCUGUUACAGGAAUCGACUCUGGCUGUAGAUGACAAUUCUCGAAGUGAAAACGCUUUGGAGAAUUGGAUAAGAAAAACAGAUGAUGUGAAAAAUGCAUGAAAACUGUGCUGCUUAUCUGACGCUGAAAACUGGAUCUUUUCGAAACAUAAAUAAGAAGCAGGGUUAGCUCUGUCCUGAGUUAAUACUCACACCGUGUCAGAUCUUUGUGCUGUUUUUCUGCAUCAUUAAACAAAGAGGAUGGCAGAGAAAACAGCAGGUCUUUAUUAACCAAAGCUGAAAAUAGUCCGAAAGCACAAUCACACUGUGACGCUCUGAUGUCUGCUCAGGUGGUGGGAGUCUGCAGAGACAGGUGAGACUCUUCAACCCCUGCUGCUGUCCUUAGUUAUCUUAGUUUUGGAUUACUUUUGUGCAUCUUAAGAGUAGAGAGUCAAGGGCAUGAUCAUAGGGGUGGGCGGUGAAUCAAUUUCAGUACCAUCACCAGACUCUGACGCUGCAGAGCAGAGCCUCACAUGUUAAGAAACACUGGAGGUAAACAUGCAACAGCACCACAGAGUAGGAGGCGACACGUGACUCCUUUCAGUCUUGUUGUUAGACGAAGUGAUAGAAACUAAAAUUCUCCUGUAUUCAAGCUGCCGCUGCCAGUCAACAAAAGCAAAAAUGACUUUGGUUAAACAUGAUGAGACUAAAGGACUGGACACUCGUGGAUGAGGGAGUUGAGAGAAUUAUUGAAUUUCUCCAUGGUGUUUUUAGCACAUGGGCUGAUGUCAACUUUGUUAGAAGAACAAACUUUAGAAAGCCAAUUAUUUGUUAUCUGUUAUUUGUACAGUUGCAACAGUAGCACUUUAUUUGAUGCAUUAUAAAUGUAUUUAAAAUCACGUUAAAGCACUUUAUAACUAUUUUUUUUUCAGAUUGAGAUUGUUCAUUCGAUCAAAUAUACAUACAGUACAAUUUUAGACAAGAAAUUCCCUAUUUUUUUGGAGAUCAAAAAGGAGUAGGUUGACGCUAUUUAGCUUAUAUGUACCAACCCUCAUUGUUUACUAUUCAUUUACCCUUUACAUGUCUUUAAAAUUUCUGAUGUUGCCAAAAAGUAACCAAAGCUCCAAAGUCUAACAUGAAUAUGUAACUAAUCAUUAAUACUAAAACAAAGACCUUAUAUAUACAAAUACACAUCCAUACCUAUAUACACGUAUGAACACACACAUAUAUACACUUUAUAUAUAUACCUAGAAAAGAAACUUCAAAUGUCUCAUGUGUACCAUAUACAAUAUAAUAAAUGUGGCAAAACGAAAGUCACUUUUGUAUGUAUUUUUUAAUCAUACUCAACUUUGCUAUAGUUUAUAGUUAUAACUACAUUUCAUCAGACUUACAAAGUCAGGUAUUAUAAUAUGUUAUAACUGUUAACAACAGUUGCAUUGCGUUAUCUAUGAGGGCAUUGUCAGUGAGUUGUUAACAGUUGUAACACAUUAUAAUACCUGACCUUGUAAGUCAUGAUAAAAUGAUAAAAAUGAUAAAAUUUCAUCACAGGUCCUACUUGUCAGUGUUAAUAUAUCAAACAAUCUGAAAGAAAGAAUGAUAUCAGCGUUAUAUCUCAGCUAUCCCUCACCCUGCUCUGUAAUAAUCGUCACAUUUAAACACAUGUAUUUUGUGUUCAUGAAGCAUUUUUGCAGUUUUCCUUCAAGGCCACCGUACAUAAGCUUAACUGAGAUGUGUUUCCCUCAGUUCUUUCUGCCAUUAGAACAGAAAACUCUACAAUCUAUGAGAUUUAAACACGUAUCACUCUGAAACCACAAGAGAUAUGAGUCAUUUAAAGACUCACUAAAAGAGUUUGUAAUUACCUGUCUCCAUGUUUACAUCGUCACACCUUCAUGUCUCUAUUAUGUGGUUUUGGAGAUUCUGUAGACCCAUAAUUAAUCACUGCAGAGAGAGAGAGAGUGUGUGUGUGUUUGUGUGCGUAUGCAUGGCAGCGAAUGUAAGGAAAGAGAGCUCGUAAACGCAGCAGAGAUCAGAGAGAGACAUACAUCGCCCCAUGUCGAGAUGUGAAGUCAAUGAUGUGUUGUGUAAUAAUGGAGGCAUAUUUCUGCCUCAUUUGUGCUGCUGAAACUCCCAGGAAGUCACAGCUUCUGCGCUUAAUGCAUCAGAUCUGCACACCGCCGUACAGAAAAGACGCUGCACAACAACAGUCAGUCAUUCACAGUCUAAUGUAUGUGCAUGUGCUUGCCUGCAGUCAGCCUUGAAACAGGAAGUGUACAGAACCAGGAGAGAAAGCUUCAGAGGUCAAAGAAAUAUGAUUUUCUGACAAACAUGUUAACAGAAAAUAAAACUGCCGCCUCUGAGAGGCUGUGAAACACGCUCUGAUAAAGGCGGAGAACAUUGGAUUGGUGAGCUCAAGGCCUUGAAUGCAGAGCGGCCUUAUGACUGCGUAGGUGGCGAGGCCGAGCGGCGCCGCGUUAGACGGCAGAGGAGAGAUACAUCACCAGAAAAGCCGCAUAUCAUCAAUUACCAGGACUUCACCUGACAGUCCUUCCUCUGGCUCUCAGCCAAAGGCCUCCUGAGUUCAUUUCACCUGCCUCUGUCACCUCGCCCUCCACCUCCACAUCCCUAAUAAUCCUCUCAACGGGGGGACACCAAAGGCUGGGUGAGCUGCAGAAUAAGGGGGGAGGUAUCUGGUGUGUGCUGCUGUCAGCUGAUGGAGCGGAGAGGGGUGAGUAAUGUCCGCUGUGAGGAUUUGUUAAGUUUUGGGGUCUGAGGAGAUGCAGACGGAGGGAGAUGAUGCUGAAAAAAGGUGCUGUAAAAAACAGUAGAGCAGGUUUGGAUGACGAUUUUGGCUCGACAAAUUCUUGAGCUUGGAUUCAUUUUUUUUUUUACAAUGUGAAAAGAUUUUAUUCCCUGUUGGAAAUUUGUCUUGGGCUUGAAUAUUGCUCAGAUUCUGAUAGUACAGACCCACCAGCGCCAGCCUGGAAGCCUAAGAGACUAGACCCGGUUGACUAACUGACUUUCAAUUUUAGUCAUGAUUAUGUCGCCUCAAGAUCAGAUCAGAUUCACUGUAAAAAAGAAAAACUGUAAAAUACAGACAGCUGUGGUUGCCAGGACUUCACUGUAAAAAAAUACAGUUAUGAUGUAUGAGACACUACGGUAUAAUGUUUUGUUAACUGUAUUUUUUAUAGAAGAGAACUGUUACUUAUAUACAGUAAAUAACUGUAAAACAUACAGUGACAGUAUACUGUAGUGUCUCAUAUAUUGUCACUGUAUUUUUUAUAGUUAUUUACUGUAUAUAGUAACAGUUCUCUACUAUAAAAAUAACAGUUAACAAAACAGUAUACCGUAGUGUCUCAUAUAUUGUUUUGUUAACUGUAAUUUUUAUAGUAGAGAACUGUUAUCUAUAUACAGUAAAUUGCUGUUAAAAAAUGCAGGUUAAUUGUCAACCUCUUUACAGUGUAUUGCUGUCAAAUAACAGUACUGUCUUGUAAAAAUCUCUCUUUUAUGUCAUCAUUACGAGAUCAGAUCAGUGUGAACGUAGAUAAUUCCGAUAAUGAUUUUUGCCAGAAUCGAGUCCUUCCUACUUUGGCUGUUUCACAUGUAAUCUUAAAUUUGUCAUCCUUAAAAAAAAAACCUGCAUAUUUAUGUUUAUCUACUCAACAGGACUUUUUCUUUCAGACUUAAAUGCUUCGUCUGUUAAUCAGCGAUCUCACUGAAACAGACGUGAUUCUUUGUUUGCUUAGUCAUCCUAUAGUUGGAUGUAGAGCUCCAUCACAAUCUAAAAUAUUUAAUUCAGAUGCUAAAAGUUUGAUUCUGUUUCCUCCUGUCAAGUUUCAAUCUACAGUUUUUAGUUCUUUAUGCAAAAUGUGCCAUGAAAUCUUAUUUGCUGCAGAGGUGUUACUGCAUGCAUGGAAACCUUUAUAGUUCUGAAAGUAUCAGAGCCAGAUCUGUUCAGAUACGACCACUUUAAGAUGCUUUUUUAUCUGUUUUUUUAUCUAUUUAAAAGAUAGCUGUUGACGCCUAUAGCUGUAGGUUUAUGCUGGCACUGGUCUUCCUGUGGGAAAUUUGAAGCUUAUCAUCAAAUAAAGAUAUUAUUACACCCCUACAAACCAGGUAUCAUUUCUCUACUAUGUUGACAUAUUUAUCAGUUAUAUUAACAGUCCUAAUACUCUCUAAAUUAACUUACUCAAGUUCAUCCAGCUUGCAACAAGCUCUAAAAAGACAGGUCUGAAUAAAAUGUGGACAGAGUUGGUGCCUGGAGCGGUGUAAACACAAACGCCAAUGCUUUGGUAUGAAUGUUUUUAAAUUCUGUGCAGCAGCCAAAAAAAGGAGCUGUGAGAGAGAGAGAAAAAAAAUUUAAACUAAUAGAUUUGAUCAAUUUAACAAGAUUUUGCCUGAAUGUUUGAAGCGACUCUGAGCUCUGCCUAAAUUUUCCCUCCGCACCCCUUUUAUUCUGCUCCUCUCCCUCCAUCUCUACAGACUGAUAGUCAAACGAGCAACAGAGCAGCCCUGACAGGAUGCUUCCCCCACCCACCAAUCUUUCCUACUCCACCAGAACACAAGCCGUGCCCAGGAAGUGCACCAGCCGCCGCGCUGUCAGAGUAUUUACAUGUUUCACAUACAGCGUGCAACAGGUUCAGUCUCGGUGUUUGCGGUGGAUGAUUUCCAGGCUUGUUUUGUUUGCUGCACUGAUAUAGGAGGCGGCUUUGUCCUGAUCAUUAGGAGGGUUUUUGUAAGAGAUGAAUGUAUAUAAUCUGUACAUCAUUACUGUCAGCGUUCGGCUCCGCAGGCUUCUGCAGGAUGACCCGUGGAAAUGAGUCUUUAAAGGAACCUUUUUGUUCGUCUUCAGUCAAGGGCAGCAGCACUUGAGCGGCUCGUCGAGGUGCGAUUACUGCCGAGCUGGAGAGGAGACGGAGAAUAAAACAAAAGAUUCACAAAUACAUGCUACUGGAGGCUCUGUCAAAAAGCUACUGCACACUCCUACACACAGCCGCCCACACACACACACACAACUACACAACUACACACUGACGCUUAUGCACACAUUCAGAUGGUGGCACACAAAGAAGAGAUGGUUAGAUACACACACAUGCACGAUAAAACACACACACACACACACAUGCACGAGCACACAGAUGAACACAAUGGCCCGGAGGCUUCUUUUGAAAAUGCGAGCUUUUUUUUCCUCCUCUCCUUCUCUUCAGUGGAACCAUAUGGGGAAUGGGAAGAGAAAGAGUGCAGCAGAGGUGCAGGUUAUCUUCAUAUUUAUUCAUCAGGGUUCAUCUCUCUCCCUGCAGACAGCGCUGCAUGAGAACAUCACAUGGUGGGCAGGAUCUGCUCUGCUAUUCUCAGCUCCUGGUUUCUAAGAGCCUGCAGGUACUCAGGUCCCAGAGGCUGCUGCAGGUCUGUGGUGGAAUAACCCUUUCCUUGAGACCGGAAAAACACUUCUUAAAGAAAGAAAGACCCCUGAGAUUUGUAGAACGAGCAGGAGAGGAUGGUUUCACCACAAAGCAGAAACAUUUAGCUCUGUAGGUGUUUGUCCUCCAUCAUUUGGGCGGAGAUGUGUGAUCUGAUUUUAGCUCUGCCUCUUCUCUGAACUUCUCCUCCAUCCCAAACUCCAUUUGAUAAAUAUUUUAUCCGUCAGGUUUGUUUUACAUACUUGUGGGAAGCAUAUGCACUCUGUAGAUGUGAGUGGUAAUCUUUUUUGCCAAAACACACGUGUGUUAAAGUGCGUGCAUAUGUAUGUGUGUGUGCGUGUGUAGGACCGGGAGCAGAGGCUAAGGUGAAGUCUGCACUAGCCGGGCUGAGAGGAUGGAUGGAGAACAUCCGCGUUAGUCGUGACUGCUCAGGCAUCUGUAGGAGGAUCUGACUAGCACUCGCUGCUCCCUUAUAUAACAUGGUGAAGCACACUGAGCUCUGAUUAGAAGGCCACAGGUCAACCCUCUCAACACCUCUGCACUGAUGUGUGUGUAAGUGUGUGUGAAGGUGCGGGAUUUAGGGUUAUAAGAUUUUAGUGUGGGUGUGGUUACAGCAGAUACUGCAAACAUGGACAGGAUUUAUACCUGCAUGGGCCGUAAAAACGAAAAAUAUAUCUUACAAAGCAGAUUUACUGACCUCAUUUUCUCAGGAUUCUCCUUUUAAGACUUUGUAAACUUUAGGAUUAGUAUUCAAAACACAAACUGUGCGAAGAAAAUCUGUGAUGAUUAUCGAAGAGGUUAAAAAACUCAUCUAGAGGGACUCUUUUUAUUGCCUGUCAGUUGAUUCUGACUCCUUUUAAAGUCCCUGUGAGGAAUUUUGUUCUUGUGACCUCUUUGGAUGACAUUGUCAUUUUUUUUUUUAGGUGAAGACUGCAUUUCCCAUGAGCAACAUCACCCACUGUGGUAAAGCUGUCUCUCUUGCCAAAGCUUGCUUUGAUGUGGUUGAAAAUGAAUGCAUAAAAAUCUUCUCUGUAAGACUUCUUUUCUUUCUUCAAGACAUAUUUUUGUAAGAUACAGAGUGAUGAACCCAGACAUUCAUGACUAGAAGUUGUCUGCGGACCUGUGACCUGUUGCACUACCUAUACGUAAAGCCUGGUUUAUGUUUGUGCUUUAGACCUACAUAAUGGUGCCCGACGCUUUUGUGAGCACCACGUACUUCUGCAUAAGAGUAUCCACGUUGAUCUGCAAACCUUGUCUGCAGUUUGUUGGCUAUAUUUUUCAUAUCGCCAGUUUCCUGUCUUGUUCCAUUCCCACCUUGUUUGUGUAUCAGAAACACUGAAGAGUUGGGGCUCAUAAAUGUUGUAGCAAUUGAUCAAGCUGUGUUUACUGCAAAGAAUAAAAGAGGGGAGAUGCUGGAAGAAACAGACUGAGGAAGAGCGCAGGGAGCGGCAGUGAUACUGGAAAUGACUGCAACCAAGCAGACCAAUCACAGGGCUUAAAAUCCACAGCAUUUUGACAUGUAGUUGCAAUUUUAAGAAGCUGUGCAUCGGUAAUCAGGUAACAGUUGGCUGCUCUGUUGCCAUAGUUACAGACAUAGACAUUAACAACAGCCUUGACCUUCUUGUUUUGCCAAACUCUGGACCAAACAGUAGAUGCUAAAUUAUAUUUGUAAAGUGGAGAAACAAAAUAACAACGAAAAGUCGGUGGAUACUAACGCAACAAGUCCAGGGUUCAAGACUUAAACCACAAUCUUUGUCCUGUUCUCUAAUGAUGUAAAUAUGUUUUUAUAGUACAGUUUACAGUCCUUUCCUCUUCCCAUAAAAUGUGCAUACAAUGAUGGCGGCCAUUUUUUCUGAGUGAGGAAGAGAAAGGUACUGAAGCCCCGCCCCUUUACAUUUGGUAUCAUUGAAAAGCUCUAAAUGUCCUCGGUAGAAACCAAAGGGAGUUAAUUCAGUAGUAUGCAGUGGGUGGGAGAUAUUGAGGUUUACAGUGGUCCUCAAGAGGACAAAUUUGAACUACUGGUAGUCAGGAGUUAUUAGGCUUAAUGGGACCUCUUUUGCGUUUUAAGACAGCCUCAAGUGGACACUUAAGGAACUGCAGUUUUUGCACCUAUGGAAGGUUUUUGCUGGGAGGCAUCAAGAGUUGAAACACGAGCAAAAUGACCUCAGCCAGUGAAAAACUGCACCUCUGAGGAAAAUAUGUUUGCAAAGUAAGAUACUUUGCUAUGCACAGGUAAAUUUCAACAAGAGCAAGGAUCAGACCCAGGAUCAGCAAUUUCAGCAUUAUGAUCCCUCCGUCUAUCAGUUUUUCCCAUUCUUACCCCUGUCAGAUUGUCUGUAUUUACUUGUCCGUUUGUAACUUUUUCUAUUUGGAGUCUUAUACAAUCUUAUCCGAUGACUCUGUUCUCUGUUUCUCACGCUAUAGCAAGCUCCCAGAGAUUUUUCUGUUGUUUACUCGCAGACAAAAGUGACGAGGAGAAAAUCUUCACACAGUACAAAGUUGUUGGAGAGCACAAAAUGUUUCCCCCUCUGGUGUGGGUGGGACUUAAUUGCGAAGUCUCCAUUGUGUUUUUUUGUUUUGUUUUGUUUUCUCUUCCCUUCUUCUGUCAUUCUCUCUUAGUAAAAUGUGAAAAUGUCACGUCUAAUAAAGCCUUAAAUAACAAAAGGAGUGGUGGAUGGACAGGCUAGUAAUAUAUGCAGGUCGGUAUUAUGUAAACCAUGAAUCCGCUGACUAAAAAAGUAAGUCUAAAGGAGAAGUGAGAGAUAUUUUCCAGGUUGCUUUUUAAAAUUCAGAUUUAUAAUAUCACCUUCUUUCUUGGUGUGUGUUUCUUUCUUCUUGUUUCACACUCUUUUUCACAGUGAAUAUGCGUCCAGAUGGAGUGUGUACCGUGCUCUCAGAUGGCCUUCUGUCUGAUCAUCCUCCACACACCUCCAUGUUUCAGUCCACUGCAGGCAUGAGCAAGGAAACUCACAAUAUCUCCUCUUUCUGACAAACGCUCUCACACUCACAGAUACAACUGCAAGAAAUGUCUGCAGUGUCCCUCUCUGUGCAGUUUCAUACUUUGUUAUAUUACAGACAGAAAACCCAAAGAGUGGUAAUGUGAGAAUGCAAAUAUAGAGUCUGUACUGGGAGGCUUGGAUUUGUGCUGGUUUCUGUUUGUAGUUUGAGUUAUCAGGUGUCAGGCUUUGGCAUCUGCAGGAAAUAAACAGUCUGUAUGGAGAGCAAAAGCAGGAGGAACAAUCCACCAGAAUAUCUAGUAAUCUGACAAAGAUUUAUUUCUCUCCAUAUGCAGGUAUCUGUAUCUAACUGUUCUAGAUCAAGCAUUUACACUGAAACUCUAAUCUUUUUCAUGCUGAGUCACUAAAGACAAUCAGAGUUUAGAUUUCCUGACUCCUCUGAACGCAUCAGAAACAAUGGAUCUGACUUCCUUUCAACAAACUGUGUUUUUUGAGGAAAAGUGGUUUUCUUCUCCUCUUGAGGAUAGACCUGACAAAACUUGACUUUGGCCUUUUACUAAUCUGCAUCCUGAUGUUGUUAUUUCACAAAAUGUAAGAGCCAUAAAUCACAAGGAAAUCUUUAUUUUUCAGGUUUAUACUGCAAAAUUGGAGUGUAGUCUGUGUUUGACUUUGCAACUGAUCACAAACAUAUGAACAUUAAGCCAAAGGAAGGCUUCUCUACUUUAUGUUUACAUUGAAACUAAGAUCCACCAAAACAGACUCACAGUGAGCCCUUAACAGACAAACAAAUGAAAAGAUAGCAAGAGUAAACCUUCUCUGUGCCUUGCUAUCUACAGUGAAACUGAGACUGCACAUCAGACACUGAACAGAAAGUCAGAGUGAACCUUUUUUGUAACUUUCUAGUUACAAUAAAACUGAGACUCACCACAAAUGAUAAGUCAGAGUUAAGUUUCUCAGUACAUUAAUAUUUACAGUAAAACUGAGCUUGACCACAAACAGAUGUUCAGUAAGCCUCAGUGUAACUUAGUAUUUACAGUGAAACUGAGACCCCAUCACAAACAAGUGAAUAGGGAGCAUGGCUGAAUCUUUUCUUGGACUCAAGGCGAAAACAUAGCGAGGCAAAAUUACAAGUUUGAUUUAACUUCCUGUUUACAGUGAAACUGAAACCCUUCAGAUAAAUAGACUUUUCCACAUGUGCACAUUAUAGAGCCUGUACUCAAAAGGAAUCCCUCUAAAGAACGUCUUAUUAGAUCAAAACGGAUAUAUAAUUCAUCUAUUUCAAAUGAAAAACACAAUUAUUUACUUUGAGGAAAUUGGAACAAUAAAGUCUCGGAUAGGAAAUGAUGAUUAUUUUCACUGUGAUGUCAAUUAUUGCUCCAACGCCUGACUGACAAACCUUUAAAAUUUUAACAGAAGGAUAUUGUAAUUGAAGAGGACAAUAAUGAACGCGACUCAGAAUAAAAACAGAGUGAGUUUAUGUGUAAAUCUUGUCCAAUUUACUAAUUACAGUGAAACUCAGACUCACCAGAAACAGGCAAACAGGUGAUCCUCAGGGAUAAUAGAACCAAGAAAUGUCAGUGACGUAUGUGAGUGGAGAUUUAGUUUUUCUUUUUUUUUAUAUCUAAACACACAGUUGCUUCUGAAGUUGCUGACAAAAUGGCAAACGUUUUAGCACUGAUUUAAUCAUGACAGACCCGAUAAUAACAGAGAGAGUUGCGUCAUUUCUUUACCUUGAGCCAGGCAAUGCUAAACUAAUAUCAGUCACAUCCAUAAAGGUCCACUUUACUGGUUUAAUUUUUAAGUCCCUCAACUGAAGUGUUUAUUCUACGAAUCCACGUGUCCAGUUCAGUACUGGACGAGUAAAAAUAGUGUGAGAACAUCUCAGCUGUGUAUUUGAUGAUUUGUGUGCUGCUAAAUGUGAUCCGUGCACAAUCAUUUGCAUGUCCAAGCUGUGAGAACAAGCCUCGAUAUUAGCAUAAAAUUAUUCAGACAGAUUUCUGUGCUUCAUUCCUCUCCUUUAAAUCUAUUUCUCUGAUAUUCUGUAGCACACAGAGACAUUUUCUGUCUGUUUUCAUGUGUGCUGAGUCUCAACAAUGCCAACUCCUCUUUUCUGACCCUCUGAUCUCUAUUGAAGGCUCGGCUUUAGAGCGCUUUGUUGCACCAGGGUCCUCGUUUGAACCUCCCCCCUUACAGGAAGUUACACACCUUUACAUGAGGCAAACAAGGCCAGCUCACAGCAGGAAUAAAACUAAAUUGGAUCAAAAGAGGCUUUAAAUCAACCUUCAUGUUGGAUACAGAACUCAUGGCUUUGUGUUCAAGGCUACCUCUGCAAAAUAAAAAAAAAAAGAGGAGGGAGAGAUUUACACUCAUAAAGGCUUUCGAUUACAGUGCUCUGUGAUUGAGUGUCGGAGGGGAGGGUAGAUCCAGACAUAUUCAGAGAGGUCAGGGGGGUCAAAUUCCUCAGGAAGAGAAUGUGGAGACAAGAAGGCAGGAACAUGGGAACUCAGGAACCCACCCUGCAGCUCUCGCUCGCUGCACCCGGCGUUUACUGUUGCUUGGAAACCAAACAGUCUCUUCACAUUUUUCCAUCCUUUUCUUUCUUUUCUGGCUCUAAAACCUUCAAUUUUCAUUAUGAUUUCCUGUUAAGAGAAGCGGCGCAGAGCUCUUCAGGUGAAUUGGUGUACUGAUAUUCAGGUUUCAAACAAUCCUGUUCUGAUUGUGAAAACUUAUAGGAAGAAUUAUUUGCUCUAAAAUGUCGGGUAUUAUUAUCAGAAAAGGAUGGCGCCAUACAGUUAGAGGGAAAUAAUGGGAAAUGGAGCAAACAAGGGGAGAUAACUGACGCAGGGACUCUCUCUUUUCUCCGUUUGCAUGUUUCCUGUCUUUUUCUAAACACAACUGAUAGCACACAGGAAAGAGAAAAAUCUGGAUGAUGGAUGUAGCCACCCUGACGUCACUCAUCAGGAUAGUAUUUAUUCCUCGUAUUUUGCACGGAAAUGGGUCUUUGAAUCGCCAGCUCAUGGUUAGCCUGCUAUAGUCAGAAAAAAAGAGGAUGGAGAAUAUCAUGAUUUAGAGCACCAAUGUGUAGACAUGUUGGGUUAUGAGGCUAUCUUAUCAUUUUACUGUAAGAUUUAAUUGAUUUAAAAAGAGGAGGGUCCAUGUAUUAUCCGUCCAUUCAAUUAUUCCAUUCAAUCUCGCAAACGAAAAAUGAAAACACGAGUCAAUAUUUUGUUUAUUUGUUUUUUUUGUAUAGCCAAAAAAGAAAAGAUGAGUGUUUGUUUUUGUAUUUUCAGUUCAAAACAGAAUAUAUAAUAGAGAAGAAAAUGAAAUAAUAAAUCUAAUUUACCUUCCAAUGAUCCCCAGCAACAGUUACCAUGGCGAAAGAUGCAACAGAGCGGUUGGAGCGCCAAAUCUUGCGUUGUAACAGAGCUCUGGUUGUAAUUUUUUCUACAGUCAGUUCCUCCUUCAGCGUGACCCUCCUGGCAGCUUUGAAUAAUACAUUGGAUGCGUCCAUCUCCAUGACAGCAGGUUAGCCUUUCUCUACCGCUCUGGCCUGGAGUUUUUUGUCCGCGUUGUUGGCUACUUUGUUGCGCAAUGCACAUGUGCAAACAGUUGAAAGGCACCAUGGGAAAUGGGGACAUCAAUAACCUGGAAACGAAAAGUAGAUUUAUUAUUUUGUUUUUGUUUCCGUCUCUAUUAUAUAUUCUGUUUUGAACUGAAAAUACGAAAACAAACACUAAUCUUUUAUUUUUUGGUUAUAUAGAAAAACAAACAAGCAAAAUAUUGACUCGUUUUUUUCAUUUUUAGUUUUACUAGAUUGAAUGGAAUAAUUGAAUGGAUGGAUAAUACACAGACUGAGGACAGACACGUGUUUUCAAAUGUUUGUUUCCACGAAAAGCCCGCUCCAUCACUGAUACUCCAGUCUCUAAAUUUCAUCCUGAUCAAGUCGUAAAGAUACACUGAUCAGUGCUGUGGCUUAGCUGUGAACUCAUACAUGCAUAUUUUGGUCCUCUCGCCGGUAUAGUACUCACCUUUUUACUGUCUUUCUGGUGCAGAAGUUCAAGUUCGGUUAUGUUUCAUCUCAUUCUUAUAAAAAUAGAUGCAUGUUCUCAUGUUCUUUUAUUGAGCAAACUUCAGUGUUUCUCUGCACUGCUAACCCUAACCAUACCAAGACUUUUGACUGGGUGGCACAGACAUAGGGUAUGUGUGCACAUAGUUUAUAAUCAUCUACGCUUCUGUUUCCCCCAUUUACUCUCAACACUAUGAUUUAAGUGUCGUACAGAUGUGAUAUCCCUGUGUAUAACUGUAGUAGAAUACAGGGUUCCUACGCAAGUAUGGAAAUAAAUUUGAUCAAUUUCCAGGUCUUAAAAAGUAUGGAAAAUGAACAAUAAAGCAUGGAAAAAUAUUUAUGUUUUUUAUUACCACUGCUCUAAAAUACUGUUUUCUACAAACGAAAAGUAGGUAAUUCCAAACAUAAUCCUAUAAAGUAGGGUAUGGAAAAAUAUGGAAAUUCCAACUGUGUAGGAACCCUGAGAAUAAUGUGUAAUGAGUAAAUGUGAAUUAGCAAGUAUGUACACAGGUACACAUCUCUGUCGUGUCUUUAAUAAUACAGUUAUCUUAUCAGUUUGUCAUGAUGGCUCUGUGUGACAAAACACAGAGAAGACAGCUGAGAAAGAAAUGCAGUAUGUGACCAUGCAAACAGCCUCUAAAAUGAUGGUUCUUGGUGCUCCAGUGAACGUGAUAUUGUGCUAAUAAGGGUCUCAAAUUCGUGAUACCUGCAGUGUGGUCCUGAAUCUGUAGCCUCCAGGCCUGAAGACAAACUUCUUGUUAAAAAAUGAAGCAGAAAAAUGAGCCUCAGAAACCAAAACUGUUUCUUAAAAGACUGUAAACAUGAAAAACAUUUUCAUGUCUCAGCUUUGUGCAGCUCUAUCCUCCUCUUUCCAUACAUUCAUUCAUUCCUAAACUUUUACAUCCCGGGUUUCAACCUAAAAGGUAACUAAGAUGCUCCAUUUUGCAUCAGUUUUAUAUCUUCUUAUUGUGUGUAUCCUCAAAUGGAUGAUGUGCGCUGAGCUGUUUUCAGUGGUGAAAUAUCAGGGGAGCUGAAAUGAAAGUUUUGUCAGAGUGUCAUGCAGGUCGAAGCGCCUCCUAAAUGUUCUUUUAUACAGAUAACAUUAUGUAACGUUAUGUAAUCUGAAAAUCGAAAAGAGGUUUGAAGCUACAACCCUCCAUAACUCCAACUCUCUGUGCUCUGCUAAAUUUUGCACCACAUCUAAAAGACAACUGUGUUCAUGUGUUCAUCCUCUUUGAUGUGAAGCAGAGAGGAAGGGAGGAGGAGGAUGGAGAGAGAGAGAGAGAGAGAGAAGAGGAGGAGGAGGAGGAAAAGAGCAGCGAGAUGGGGAAGGACGCGGGUGGAGGACGACGUGGGUGUGAAAGCAGCUGGGGAGAGGAGGCAGAGCUGACACACAAAGGUGGACGAAGCUUCAUUUCCAGGGAGAAGACUUCCCAUGAGUCCCUUACCUCCUCCGUACACAUCCGCAGAGCGAGCGAGCGAAGCCCGCAGCAUCCGGCUGUGAAGAAGGGAUUUCUCCGGCUGUUAUCUAGAAAACACACAGGUGAGACUCAAGGUUAAGUACACGGGGAGGAGGAGCAGCAUCCAACAAAAUACUGUGUAAUAUGUAACCCCAGGGAGGUGGUGGGAGGGUGGAGGAUUCAAUAACGAUGAGACGACUCUUUACAGAUUCAACACUUUGACAAGGCGUGUCCUUAAAACUCCCACCGUCUGACCUCUGCCGGGCUCGGAGAUUCGUGUUCGAUAUGAACCUUCACAGAUCGCCGCAAGUGCAACCAAAACUUAGAGGAAAAUUCAGUCGCAAAUGAAAACAGUGCAUUUGUACAGCGUUUCAGCUGUUUUUGAAGCAAGAUUAUGAGAUAUGGAGAAAAUUCGCCGCUCUCACUGACCAAAUUUAGCAGGAUAAAGAAGUAUGUGGUCAAAAACACUCUUUCCAAAAACUCUUAAUUGGUUUCCUUUUUUUUUUAAUUUACAAAAAGUCAAAAGAAUGAAAAAACAGAUGUCACUGAGAGCUCAGGAAAGAAAUGCAAAUCAAGUUGACACCAUCACCUGCCCACACCUGGCUGAUAGCUGCACGAAGGCGGUGAGAUAGUCUGUUGUCAGUCCUGUAAAGUCAGUAAAUAUGUCCCACACAUCCCCUCCAGCUUUGAUGUCUCAUACUUUCUGUGUUUACGUGUUUGUCAAGGAUACAGAGUUGUGUGCCUUUUGUCCACAGCGCCUUUUCUUUGUUUCUCUUUCUCAUUCUUCGUAGAUUGGAAAUAUGCACUCGUAGGGAUGUUUCAGGUCUUAUCCGAUCAUAAUUAGUAAAUGGCACAGCGCUAAUUGUGCAUUUAUAGCUUACAGCAGGUGUUAGCAAUCAGCCGGUCCAAUCACAUCAUUACCUCCGCAGAGAGAAGAGGAAUCAACACCCAAACCACUGAAAACUCAGCGCACACAGCGAGCAAGAAAACCAAAACCUCAGCUCAGACAGAAAAUGCUGGAAACACAAAUUUAGCAGCAGCUCAGCCCUCCAAGUAUGACAUGAAAUAUCUGAUCUGUAACAUUUGACCUGUGAGAGCUUUAACGAUCCAAUUUUAACCAACUGAAAUGCUCACAGAUUUAUCAAAGCAGAGUUAAACCGAAAAGAUCUUUUAAUCUGGAGGUCAGCAAACAUCUUCUUUAAAGGAACAAUAUUGUGCGACACAGUUUCUUCAGAUCUACAAAAUCGUCUCUGGGAUAUUGUUGCAUUUAAGUUUCAGCAUCUUGCCAGUUUACUUGAUUUCAUAUAAAUUGUAUAAAUAAAAGAGUUUUCAAUGUUCUUGCGAUAGUUUUUAAAGGAUCUUGCAAAAGUGUCUUGGGAGUUUCUUUAGCCUUUUCCCCAAGAGAUCCCCAGAUCUCUCAACGGGCUUUCAGCCCCCCUCACAACUUUUUCUCAACAUCUUGCAAAAGUUUUCCUGAAUCUUCAGAAAGUUUUUUGGGAGUUUUUUAGUAUCUGGAAAAAGUUUCUCAGGAUCUUACUUUAGUUCCUCUUGCAUACAAAAGAUUUUUUCAAAGGUUUCUUGGAGAUCAAACCCUAACCCAAGAAUCAAAAAGUAUUUUAUUAAGACUUCUCAAGUAAUGGUCUUUUACAAAGAGGGCCAUGCAGGUGGGAGCACUUCCUGGGAUCUUGCAAGAAUUACUCAGGGUUUCGUAAAACUUCUAAGGAUCUUGCCACAUUAUCAUAAAUGUUGAUAUCAAGAGUUUCCUGGAAUAGUGCAGAAGUUUUUUAUUUAUUUUUGAAUUUCUGAUCCCCUGAAAGUUUUUUAGGAUCAUGACUCAAUUUUUUUGAUUUUACAAAAACACAAAGUUUCUCAAAAACAGCAGAUUCUAGAGUCUCUUGCAAGAAUUUCCUAGGAUCAUGUAAAACUUUUAAGGAUCUUGCCAGAUUUUAAUAGUUAUCACAAAUGUUGUUAGCAAGAGUUUUCUGGAAUCUUGCAGAAGUUUUUUUGUUUGUUUGUUUGUUUUUAAUCCUCUAAAAGUUUUUUAGGAUCAUGAAUAAUUUUUUUUGAUUUUACAAAAACACAUGGUUUCUCAAACAUGUAGGUUCUGCAGUCUCUUGCAAGAAUUUCCUAGGAUCUUGCAAAACAUUUGUAGGUGGGAAUCUUGUUCAAGUUUUUGAUUAUCAGUUAAAAGAUCAAGUAUUCUACCUGAUCUUGGGAAAAAUUGUUGGGUCUAUUACAUCAAGAGUUUCUUGGGAUCUUCCAAGAGUUUUUUUGGAUCUUGUGAGAAUCAGUUUUUUCUUGGGAUCCAGAGAUAUUUCUUUUGUCCCCUCAUAAAGAGGACCAAGGAUCUUGCACGAGUUGUCUGGGCUCUUGCAAGAGAUUUUUAGGAUCUUGUGAAAAAGCAAAACAGAUUUUUUCUUUUUCUUUUUUUCAGAUCUCUUUUCUUGACUCUGUAAAAUUUUGUUGUGAUACAAAAAGGAAACAUUGACUUUUUGGCUCCAGGCAGAAACAGUUGAUCUACGACAGCUGACGGGACUCAGGAGGGGAUUUCCAACAACAGUAACACACACACACCUGUCCCUCUUUACACACAUUUACUCAUGAUUUUCUGACACAUACACUCACACAAAUCUAAAGUCCACUGGGACUGCGAGGGGAAAUAUUACGGGGCUGGUGGAGUCCCUUUUAAAAGAAUCUGACUUCCCCAGACAGGGUGGACACUCAUUAUGUAGAUAUCAUUAUUUUUAAAGGCUUAGAUAAAUCUUUCCUCUGUAUUAUCUUUAAACCUAAACCAAAACUAGAUCUUUAUGAAGCACAUCUUUCACAAAAUAAAAAUCCAUGUGACAUAGUAGCAGCACAGAGUUUUUCAGCAGCCCCUUCAGAGCUAAAAUUAGCCGAAUCAAAAUGUCACUCAGUCUGUAAAGCCUCUCUGUGUGUUCUUCUAAAAUGGUGAGAACAACCCGUUGACUUUUUUCUGUAGUGUCCUCUCCACCCCGAGAGCUGACGGUUCAACGGGCUGCAUCAUGACGCGUUCGAGGAUCAGCGGGGAUGAGGAUGCUUCAGUCUCUGCGGCGAGGGACACAACUUUCACCUCAGGCUGCAAACCAAAAGAAUCACGGGUGCAGGACAAUAACUGGAGGGUUCGAUACUCAGAAUGGUCUGUGACAUUUAUCAGAAAUAGCGUCACAAUUCAGCAAAUCCAAGAUCCCAGUUUCAGCCAGUAUGGUUUGAUUUUCUAAAACCUCUUGCUUUUAAUCCCCGAAGCCCUAAAUAAUCUUAAAAAAGUCUGUUUUAGGGCUUGAUAAUGAUCAUUUACUGUGUUUCCUCUUCGACCUGUCUAAAUUUGUUGCAUAUGCACUUCAACAAGCCAAGCCAAAUACCUGAUUGUACAAUAACUGCAAAUAAAACAUGGACUGUGUGCAUUUAUCAGCAUUUUGAGCGAGAAAAUGGAGAUAAAAUCGUAUUUUAAAUCGCCAUGCGGUUAACUCAACCCAAGAGCAUUGACCAGCAAUAAGAAUUAAAGUCUGGUGGUGCUAGCUCUGCUAAUGUUAGCUCACCUUCCCCUUCAUUUGCGUCAAACUGAG